AAGCUCAGCGGGAAGAGAUGGGCAGGUGGGCUUGUUGACCAUGACCACACCUGCAGGGAAAGAACUGGAGAGAUGAAAUGGAGGGGAGAGUAGGGGAAAGGGGUGAUUCGGAAAGAGCAGGAGCCAUGAAGGUGCAUAAAAGAUUGUGUUGUUAAUGAGCUUUAGGCUGUGUACACACCAUCCCUUUAAAGCACAGUCCUCUCCCUCAAGAACAUUGGGAACUGUAGUUUACCCCUCGAUGACCUAGAAUUCCCAGCACCCAUAACAAACUACAGUUCCCAUGAGGUUCUUUGAGGGCGCUUAAAACAUAUGGUGGACCAAAAAAAAAAUAAAUAAAUUUGAAGAGACUGGCAAAGAAGUUGUAUUCCUCAACUAGCAUCGUUGUCCAUAUUUGAUAAUCAAAAUCCUGGUGUUCCUUACAUUUUUAAUGGUGGCGGCUCGACGGCUAAUAAGUACUGGUAAAACUACUCUAGGAUUAACAUUAUCCAGGUGGUAUGCAAACAUUUGGCAAACUGAUUUAGUUGAAAAGUUAAUGGGAAGAUUGAAGGCUAUAUUUUUUAUAAAAAAUGACUGACAUAGUUUCGUUUCAUUUCAUAUGUUAACAGAGCUUAGUCACACGAUAAUUCCUCCAGCAACCCAUGGAGAGACUCUUUAAAUUAAUCUACUGGACUUCAAGCAGAAGCACCAUGCUUCUAUUUUAGGAUAAUGUUUGUUAAUUGUAUGUUCAGAAAGCCAGUCAAUAAAAAUAUUUGCCAAAAAAACCCAAAAGUAUGCCACUUCAAGCCACCCCUACCAUUCUGAGUGAAUAACAAUAUAUAUAGCCACUUGCAAAAUAAAUUACAAGGCUUUGUUUUAAUAACUGUGCAUAUGUUGUGUGAUUUGUCAUGCUUGGGUGAGAAAAGUUCCAUAUUCUAUAUACCUAUUGAAGGUACAGGGACCCUGACCACUUUUGCUCCUGUCCACCCUAUUUUGUUUGUUUGUUUGGGUGAAGUACCUUUUGGUCUAGUGCACACCCUCAACAUGGCUCACAAUAUUAAAAUAAAAUAAGAAUAAAUUGAAAAAUAGCCAUUUAGGCUGGGAUCCCCAAAUAGCUACUUUUGACGCACUUGAAGGGAUGGGGAAGCUUAAUGUGGUUUCUGCCUUUUUAAUAGAUCUUCUCCCCAAGCUGCCUCAUGACAUAAACCAUUUCUGAGACUUCCUACAGUUUCAAAAGUGGCUCAAAGUCCUCUUUGGUACCAGGAACUAGUUUCCUGCUUUUUUAGAUUAAAGUCAUAAAACAAACAAAAACCCAACAACAAUUUCAUUAUAUAAUGCUGCAAAACAAGCCUCUCAACAGCACCCUUAGAUCAGUAUCUCCCUCACACAAGAAAGGCUUUUUUGAAUGAUUCUUCUUUAAAAAAAACAAAAAACUUUACCAGUUGCUUGAAAGCCAGUUGUGUGAGGUAAAUUACCACAAAACACAUGAAGACCAUUCUAUGGUUGCUUAUGGCAGCAUCCUCACUCCCAUUUACCACCAGUAAUGGGCAAAGGUAUAGGUGGGGGAGCUGCCAUAUUGGCAGCCAUGAAAUGUUCUUCAGGCGGUUUUGUGUCUGUAUAAGAACAGCACCCCAUUACUAGGGGCUGGUUUUCAAGCAACUGGUAAAUUGUUGCUUCUUUUAAAAAUGAAAUCCCUUACUAUCAAAGGGAUAUAAUUUCUCCACAGAAAUUAGCGUCAAGUAUCAUGAGCUAUGCUAUAUACAGUGCCGGCACCAAACAAGAUGGCCUAUGGGUAUUUUGAAGUGUUUACUGGAAUGAGCCCUAAAUCCUUAAUCCUGCUGCUCUUCCAGCAGGUACAAUGCCCUCCUUUACAGAAGACAGUCCUCUGUUUGAAGGGAUUUCUGGUCUAAACCCUGUUUAAAGGCCUUUUCAGUGAUGGCUCCCCAUUUGUGGAAUGCUCUCCUCAGGGAGGCUCACCUGGUGCCAUCAUUACUUACUUUUAGGCACCAGGCAAAAAAACAUUUCUUAUCACCAGACCUGUGGCUUUGAAUUACCCGUGGCCUAAAACAUUAGAAGAAUGCUUUAGCCAUGCCUUUUUAAAAUACUAAUGAGUUUUAGCUUUUUCUGUUUUGCUUUAUGCUGGUUUUGAUGUAUGUGUUAUCUAUUUAUUUUUGUAAGCUGUCUGGGUUACGUGUGUGUGUGUGUUACUAAUAAGUUUAAUUAAUUAAUCAAUGAUAAAAAACAGCCACUAAGGAGACCUUGCAGGGGUCCAUCAGCAAUGAACACCUGGGAACAGGUAGGCACACAGCUCACCUGCUCACAGUCUUCACCACUAUAAUGAGAGCAGAUGUACUGAUCUUUUUAAAAUAAAAUUAUGGUACACAGAUUUCUCUAACUUAGUUAUACUCAGAGGAGACCCACUUAAAAUAGUGAACCUACGUUAGCCUUGUCCAUUAGCUUUAAUGAGGAGGACUAGCAUCAGGUACAACCCAAGAUUUCUGCACAUUUUGGGCAAAUCUGUCGCUUGGGGUGACAUCUAAGUGACCACCCUAGCUAAAGGAGAGGGGUAGAUUAAAAACUGCACCACACUUUCAGGGGGAGGAAAAUGUGGGUCCCUUGUGGGGAAAACUACAUGUUUUUGCCUGCACAUUAGUACCUGGAACCAACCCGGUUUGUGGCUAAAUACUGGUAAAUUGUAAUAUUUCUACAGAUAUUCUUAAAAUCAAGAAUACUGGUAACAGGGUAGGGCUUGAUGUAAAACCCUCCAAGUUCGGGGGUAGACCACAUCAGUAUGGGCGGUGAAGUCCACUGCAAAAGCAGCUUAUUCACUUGUGGUGAGCAGCUAAAAAUAACGAUAGUAAAGGCUGGAUGGAGUUGUGGCUUUAAUCGUCCUGGAAACUAUUCCAAAAGGAAAACACUGCCCAUGUUGUUGUUUCUCCUGGUUCCUUGUUCACACAAAUAUAUUUUGUCCCCUGAGGCACAAUGCAAAUGACACCUCCUCUAAUGUCAACAUGAAAGUUACCUAGGGCUGGGUAAGUUAUUAUAGCACCUGAGGCAGGAAAUCUCACAUCUCCCCGAGAGUAAAAAUCUCAAUAAAUAUAAAAGUAAAUAAGAGGUGAUUUAAUGCCUUGUCUUGACGACACCCAAAAUUUCAGCCGCCUGAGGCAACCAACUUACUCUGCCCAAUGCUAGGGCUGUUCCUGACAGGGCAAGGUCACGUUAAAUGCAAAAUGUGAGGCACUCUCUGGAAUUUGGGAGAGCAGGGGAAAGUCAGUGAAGAGGAAGGAGAUGGAAAGACUGUAAAAACAGAGAAUCAAAUGUGAGGGGAAGGUAUUGAUGAGGUGGGAUAAUUAUCAAAAGGGCACAAAGAGCUAAGCGGAAGCAGGACAAACCUUUUCACAGAAACCCGGACUUGCCCUUGGAUUACAAUCAUCUUCCCCUCAGUCAGACCCCCAAAAAUGGGGCCAGUAAAGGGAACGCUCUGUGGGGCAGAAAAAAGAAAAGAAAAAGGUGGUCAUCUGCUGGGUCCCUAUUCCCCAAACUCAAGUAUAAUCUCCUCAGGCAUUAUAUAUCUCUGAAUAUCAUUGGUGUGAUAAACAAAGGAAAUGGUCUAAAAGUCCUGUUUUCUAAAUACACAUUUUUAGCUUAAGGCCCCAAACUUGGUGGUGGGGACAUUCUGGGCAAAGAUUUGACUCAAAUUUGGUAGUGCGCAAGGAGCGAAAGACCUCAGGGGCAACUUAGAUUGCAUUGACUGGAAGGCAGCAAAGAGUCACAACCACUUUAAAUUUUGCCUUGCUUUUUUUCUUACCAUGCCUUUCGGUUGAGGUAACAUAGCCAAGGUUAUUCAGCAUUUAUCCCGAUACGCUUCCACAGAGCUAACACGAAGCUUAGGCGAUGUCUGGUUUUUACUGAGCAUUUGUUCCAAUUUGUUUAUACUACAAUGAGCACCCAUCCCAAUUUGCUUGCGGGAAGCUUACAUGUCUUCUCGCUGUUACUUCGUUCAUCGCAUACUUUUCAAUGCAUUUCCAAACCACUUUCCAAACCACAAAAAGCGCUCUUCUUUGUUAAGCAGAUUUAUUGCACUAUGGUAACAGAGCCCUUCAGUGCACUUUAACUGUGCAAACCUAAAGUUCAGGUACGCACUUGAAUCUCUCCCACAAAACAGUGUCGGUCCAGAGGAAUCCAGAGGAAUUGAGGAGCUGAGCUUUCCCCGUUACUUAUCUCCCUGCCAAGAAAAGCCUUAUCCGCUUCUGGUCUGCAUUUUCUCUGGGUUUUCUCUGUAACUCAAUUAUCCUUGCAGCAGCUCAAUCCUAGCUGUAAGGAUGCACAUAGAAAGCUUGCUGCAAGGAGACAGGGAAGGGCUAGUCAGAUCUCCCGGCUAGUUCAUCCUUAGGAGAGACACAACCUCUUAGAAAAUGUCUAUGCAGCCUUCCUGACCACCACCUUCUCAAGCUUUCCCCUCUUACACACACUCUCCACACUCACCGGGUUUAAAAUAGGCUGCAAAGCCAUCUUGGAGCUUCCUGGAUCUCAGCACCUGGUCUUUCUCUUUCUAUGCCCUUCUGAAGGAAAAGGGAAAGCUUGCCAAAGCAGAAUUAAGUUUCGUUUCCUCAGAAAAGUAGGCGGGGUACAAAACUGGCCGCUGUUUGUUCUUUUAUCAAAUGGGAAUAAAGCUAUUAUCAGGGACCCAAGAGAUAGCAAUAAACCUGCUCCAACAACACCGGUUACCGCAUAUUUUUCUGGCACAAUACAUUUUUUACAACAUGAAGGUGCAGCAAGGGGAGGAGAGAAGGGUUAUCUGUUGAAUUUUUCCCUCUUCUGCAGCCAUUAAAGCACUCUGCACUGAAAUACAGAAGCAGGCAAAGGUUUACUAUCUGUUAGCUCAUAUGAGAAAGUUCUGUUUAGGGAUUGGGUGUGUGUAGAAUUCUGUUUAGUUUGUAUCUGAAGGUGAACUUCGUACUUUUUGAGUCAAUACAUGAUCUGAAACAUAGCCAUCCUUUGAAAUUUGGACUUCUCUGAAUUUUGCAAUGCAGUUCUCCAACCAAGUAAUGUGCUAAAAAAUGCAGGUACUGAUGUAAAGGUGCACAUAAAAUGCUCAUCAUAGGGACAAUAACAUACAAAAUGCAUUCUAUUAGGGGAAACUGGAUUGUAAAAAUAUGUAUAUUUUGCACAGAAAAAAAAGGUGUGUAUUCGGACUAAGCACUAAGAUGUGGAUGGAUAUUCAUGAGGACUUUUUUUUUAAGUCGCAAACCGAUGUGGAAAUGUCUGACUGGAAAUGUGAGAAACUGAGAGAAAUCAAAAUUGACAGAUUUGCCCAUCCAAACGCCUAUGUGAGACAAAUUGGGUCCUCCCUUAAAGAGGGCACGUAUUGCGGUGAGACCUGGACAACCUGUUGUGGGUGGGUACAGUUGGUUAGCCACAACACCCGAUUGGUAGGUCCCUCAAAGCUGGGUACAAUCUGGCCAAUGGGACGCAGUCUAAACAGUUUGAGGGACCUAUUUAUGCACAUGCACGUGACCCAGAGCUUCCUCUUUCAGCACGUGUAUUCGGAACAUCCACCCACCUCUCCUCUACUUUUGGGGCUUGUUGUGCUUGACCUUGCUGUGCCGUCGUGUGUCAUCUGUCGUUGGGACAGGGGGACAGCAGGAAUUUUCCCCACUUGGUUGAUUGACUGUUGCCAUUUAGGUUUCGCCUGCCGCAUAGCAAAUCGUCACAACUUGUUAGGUUGCGGAUAGGCUCUGGUUCAGGUGAUAGGGAUGGGAGAACGCUCUCGCCAUCCCUAUGUAAAGAGUAUUCAGUUAAAGGAAUCCAGGAACUCGAUGGUUUGGUCAACCCCUGAGAGGGGGUUGUGCCUGUACCUGAGUCCUGGGGGACAUUUGGGUGGCGGAGUUAGCCUGUGCCCGGCUUUCCGCUUAUCCAGGUGUUCAUCCUUGGCUCACCUAUGCUGGUACCCAGGGUCAGCGCUACCUGCAUGGCAGGGAGCUAGUCGAACCAGAGCCUAUGCCACCAGUCACUUUCUGUAAUCAAUAAAGUUGUGGCCUAAAUUCUGCCAAAAACCAAACCAAAAUUUUGAGUCAAGUGUGAAUUUAUUUAGGGGGCGGUUUCUGGGUCUGAACACGCAAAAGUUACCACAUGCUCACAGCUGAUUAAAGAAGCCAGGGUGGCUAUCUAAAGAACUUUUAACUGAGUUAAGAUUAAAAAAGGAUGUGUACAAAAAAUGGAAAAGGGGGGAAACCACCAAAGAGGAAUUCAAACAAAUAGCCAGCACGUGUAGACACAAAGUCAGAAAAGCUAAAGCACAGAAUGAACUCAGGCUUGCUAGAGAGGUUAAAAGCAACAAAAAGGCUUUUAUGGGUAUGUUCGUAGCAAAAGGAAGAACAAAGAAACAGUGGGGUCACUCAGAGGAGAAGAUGGUGAAAUGCAAACAGGGGACACAGAAAGGGCUGAACUCCUCAAUGCCUUCUUUGCCUCAGUCUUCUCCGAUAAAGAAAACAAUGCCCGACCUGAAGAAUUUGGAGCAAAUGAUUCAGCAAAGGAAACACAGCCCAGAAUAACUAAGGAGAUAGUACAAGAAUACUUGGCUAGUUUAGAUGUAUUCAAGUCUCCAGGGCCAGAUGAACUGCAUCCAAGAGUAUUAAAAGAACUGGCAGAUGUCAUCUCAGAACCACUGGCAGUCAUCUUUGAGAAUUCCUGGAGAACAGGCGAAGUCCCGGCAGACUGGAGGAGGGCAAAUGUUGUCCCUAUUUUCAAAAAGGGGAAAAGAGAGGACCCAAAUAAUUACCGCCCAGUCAGUCUGACAUCAAUACCAGGGAGGAUUCUGGAGCAAAUCAUUAAGCAAACAGUCUGUGAGCACCUAGAAAGGAAUGCUGUGAUCACCAAUAGUCAGCAUGGAUUUCUGAAAAAUAAGUCAUGUCAGACUAACCUGAACUCGUUUUUUGACAGAAUUACAAGCCUGGUAGAUGAAGGGAACGCAGUGGAUGUAGCCUACCUUGAUUUCAGCAAGGCAUUUGACAAGGUGCCCCAUGAUAUUCUUGUAAAGAAGCUGGUAAAAUGCGGUCUUGACUAUGCUACCACUCAGUGGAUUUGUAACUGGCUGACUGACCGAACCCAAAGGGUGCUCAUCAAUGGUUCCUCUUCAUCCUGGAGAAGAGUGACUAGUGGGGUGCCACAGGGUUCUGUCUUGGGCCCGGUCUUAUUCAACAUCUUUAUCAACGACUUGGAUGAUGGACUCAAGGGCAUCCUAAUCAAAUUUGCAGAUGACACCAAACUGGGAGGGGUGGUUAACACCCCAGAGGACAGGAUCACACUUCAAAACGACCUUGACAGAUUAGAGAACUGGGCCAAAACAAACAAGAUGAAUUUUAACAGGGGAAAUGUAAAGUAUUGCACUUGGGCAAAAAAAAUGAGAGGCACGAAUACAAGAUGGGUGACACCUGGCUUGAGAGCAGUACAUGUGAAAAGGAUCUAGGAGUCUUGGUUGACCACAAACUUGACAUGAGCCAACAGUGUGACGCGGCAGCUAAAAAAGCCAAUGCAAUUCUGGGCUGCAUCAAUAGGAGUAUAGUAUCUAGAUCAAGGGAAGUAAUAGUGCCACUGUAUUCUGCUCUGGUCAGACCUCACCUGGAGUACUGUGUCCAGUUCUGGGCACCACAGUUCAAGAAGGACACUGACAAACUGGAACGUGUCCAGAGGAGGGCAACCAAAAUGGUCAAAGGCCUGGAAACGAUGCCUUAUGAGGAACGGCUAAGGGAACUGGGCAUGUUUAGCCUGGAGAAGAGGAGGUUAAGGGGUGAUAUGAUAGCCAUGUUCAAAUAUAUAAAAGGAUGUCACAUGGAGGAGGGAGAAAGGUUGUUUUCUGCUGCUCCAGAGAAGCGGACACGGAGCAAUGGAUCCAAACUACAAGAAAGAAGAUUCCACCUAAACAUUAGGAAGAACUUCCUGACAGUAAGAGCUGUUUGACAGUGGAAUUUGCUGCCAAGGAGUGUGGUGGAGUCUCCUUCUUUGGAGGUCUUUAAGCAGAGGCUUGACAACCAUAUGUCAGGAGUGCUCUGAUGGUGUUUCCUGCUUGGCAGGGGGUUGGACUCGAUGGCCCUUGUGGUCUCUUCCAACUCUAUGAUUCUAUGAUUCUAUGAUUAUAACAGCAUGGUAAAAUCUGCCUCUUCUAAUGGAUGACUGUUUUCAGCUCGAGGUGUGUGGACAGCAAUUUGUCAGGCAAACAUUAAGAAUCUGUAAAGUCCAGUUCUUCAGCCUACAAAUCCCUAGAUCUUUAUUUAUAUAAAAUAAUCCUGAUCUUGUUCUACCUCCCUAAGGAGAUCAGAGUGGUAUACACCCAAUCCAGUAUAACAAUGUAAGCAAGUGAUAGAAAACAACAGAACUCACAGCAGCCCAAAUAAGUAUGAGGGCCAAAAGACCUGAUUAAAAAGAAAAAAACCUCCUAAGGGCAAACAGUGAAUGAUCACCUUACGGGUAGAACAUAACCAUCAGAGUUGGUGGCCACUGACAGCGUUAUCUCAAUGAAUUUGCCUAAUUCUCUUUUAAAGUCAUUCAAGUUGGUGGCCAUCAAAGGACUGAGGGGGGCAUAGAAAAUAGCAUAUUAAACAUUGCCAUCUUUUGGAUACCUGGAAGGAAGGCAAGAAAGGCCUCUGUCGAAGAUAUUGAUUCUCAGGAAGGAUUAUAUGGAGGGACAGAGGACUUAGUUAUACAGCUGCAAAUAAAACUUUUAAAGCAGGCAUCCUCAAACUCGGCCCUCCUAUGUUUUGGGACUACAAUUCCCAUCAUCCCUGACCACUGGUCCUGUUAGCUAGGGAUGAUGGGAGUUGGAGGGCCGAGUUUGGGGAUGCCCGUUUUAAAGUGUGUUGUAAAGUGCAAUAUACAGAUGUGAAACUAGAUGGCGACAUUGAGCUAUGGCAAAUUCAAUGUAUUUUUCAGAACAUUUUUUUUAAAAAGCAUUUUCACAACCUUUUUUAUAUGUGUGUGUAGAUUCCACCAGAGGGACGCAGGUGGCACUGUGGGUUAAACCACAGAGCCUAGGACUUGCCGAUCAGAAGGUCGGCGGUUCGAAUCCCUGCGACGGGGUGAGCUCCCGUUGCUCGGUCCCUGCUCCUGCCCACCUAGCAGUUCGAAAGCACGUCAAAGUGCAAGUAGAUAAAUAGGUACCAAUCCGGCGGGAAGGUAAACAGCGUUUCUGUGCGCUGCUCUGGUUCGCCAGAAGCGGCUUAGUCAUGCUGGCCACAUGACCCAGAAGCUGUACGCCGGCUCCCUCGGCCAAUAAAGCAAGAUGAGCACCGCAACCCCAGAGUCAGUCACAACUGGACCUAAUGGUCAGGGGUCCCUUUACCUUUGAGUCCUCCAGGUUACCUGGCCCCCCAACCAAUUUCAGGCUUUAUGGGUCAAGGCAGGUUCAUUGACCUGUACUUGGAAGCAGAUAAGCAGCCAAUGCAGCUGGGUGGGGUGGGGAGGACUAACAACAGCUGUAUAUUUUAUUUUGCACUAUAUAGUCAUCAGUUUCUAGAAUGCUUACUAUAAAGCACCUCAAAGCACGUUGGCUGGCAUCCGUCUUUUUGAGAGACCAUGGACCUUUGGGUGUGAAGUCAAAGCGUUGGAAGGUUACAGUGCCUGCUCUGGCUGUAGAGAGGGAUGCAGGAGAGUCAUGUUUUGUUGCGGCUGGGGCAGAGGAAGUGCUUUACAGUGGUACCUCGCAAGACGAAUGCCUCGCAAGACGAAAAACGCGCAAGACGAAAGAGUUUUCCGUUUUUUGAGUCGUUCCGCAAGACGAAUUUCCCUAUGGGCUUGCUUCGAAAGACGAAACGUCUUGCGAGUUCUUGCAAGUUUGUUCCCUUUUUCUUAAAGCCGCUAAGCCGUUAAUAGCCGCUAAGCCGUUAAUAGCCGCUAAGCUGCUAAGCCGCUAAUAGCCGUGCUUCGCAAGACGAAAAAACCGCAAGACGAAGAGACUCGCGGAACGGAUUAAUUUCGUCUUGAGAGGCACCACUAUACAAUCAUAAGAAUCAAAAUGUUAAAACAUACUAUUACGCGCCACCGCAACCUCCAAGCAGUGUGGGAUUCCAGGGGUCCAGGCGCUUAUCCGAGGUCUGUGUUUCCUUCAGAAAUGAGGCACAGAGUCAACUGUUGUGGUGUCUUUAUGACAUAUGGUUUAUUUACACAUAUAUACAACCUGAGCCUACGGUGGAGGAAUUCAGAGCUUGACACCCCAAGCUGGUCCUGUUUCUCCCAUGGCUGCAACGUUGGAUUCAAACUGCUAGCCUGCAUUGUGCUCUGACCCCGCUUUCUCCAGCUCGCAAAACAUUUACAAAAUGCAGCUACCAGUAUUUUUCCUCCCGUUUACAGCAGGCCAACUCCAAUCCUGAAACUCGCCCCCCCCCAAAAAAAGCAUCUGUCCUAAGUCUUUUGCUAACUACCCAGAGCACAGUGCAAGACUCAACCCAUCUGCUGGCUGGCACACAGUUUUAGCUUUGCUGGUAGCUUCCCUUCCUGUCUUUGUUGGCUUAAUGACUCUGCCUAUUCCCUUCCUUUGUUCUCCUUGAUGGUUCCUUCACCAGGCGAUUUCCUGCACACACAGAAAAACUGGUUUGGCCUGUAUUUUGUCACUUUGCUAAAUCCAGCGCCUGGCAACCUAUUUCAAUACUCCAAGCAUCGAUUAAAUUAUAACAUCUACCAAACCCAGAAAUUAUGGGUGCCUGUUACCCACAAACUCAUAACAUCACCCACCCAGGAUGCACCACACACAGCUCCCCUAUGGAAAAGUAACAGAAAAGUUACAACAGGCAUUUAGAACACACAUCAUCAAAAACAUAUCGUAACACAUCAUCAUUUUUAUCCCAACCUAACACAGCAACAGCUUAUUCCUGUUUAGCAAUAUCCAGUCCCUUGUGAACUCUUCAAGCCACCCUGUUCCCCAUGGUGCACACUCCCAGUCACUUCUACAUCCCAGUCCAGCUUACCCAGUUACCCCACCUUGGCAUGCACAAGAUAAUGGGUUUCCAACAUGUUUAAGUCAGGAUGUAAACCUCAGUGGCAGAGCUGUAUCGCCCUAAGGCCUUUGUUCAUUCUUUCCCUUUUUUUGUGCCCUUGUAGCACACACGGCUUUCAAACAAACACACAGUUACCCAAACAAUCAUCACAAUCAUUUCUUUUUCCCUUGGGCGACUGCAGCACAAGGUGGCUUUCAAACACACACACAGACACACACACCAUGUUCUUAAAACCAUUAAACAGUUCUCGCCACUUAAAGGUAAGGGGACCCCUGACGAUUAGGUCCAGUCGUGGCCGACUCUGGGGUUGCAGCACUCAUCUCACUUUAUUGGCCGAGGGAGCCGGCGUACAGCUUCCGGGUCAUGUGGCCAGCAUGACUAAGCCGCUUCUGGCACAGAAACACUGUUUACCUUCCCGCCGGAGCGGUUCCUAUUUAUCUACUUGCACUUUGACGUGCUUUCGAACUGCUAGGUUGGCAGGAGCAGGGACCGAGCAACAGGAGCUCACCCUGUCACGGGGAUUCAAACCACUGACCUUCCAAUCGGCAAGUCCUAGGCUCUGUAGUUUAACCCACAGCGCCACCCACAUCCCUUUCUCACCACUUAACAACCUGCAAAAAGCACAGAUCAACAGCAUUUUAAAACCACUGCUAAAACUUGCAGGAAAAAUCCCUGUAGCAAAAGUAAACAGCCUCCCCCACAAAAAAAAUACAAACACACACACACACACACACACACAUUAGGCAGCGUCCUACUGUAUGUUGUUUUCAUCUUGGGGUUUUCACAGAUCCUGCAGAUUAAGCAGCUACUUCAGAAAAAAUCACAGGUUUAAUAAUUUUGGAGCCACCCCAGUUGUGGAUCGGUCUCUGCAGCUGCUUCAAGACAAAACUCCACAAUCCAAUUUGCUUUCUCACUGGCACACUGGGGAUCCUCUAAAUCUUUUUUUCUGUUGGUCCGGGUCCACUUCUGGGUCCCCGAUCCAAACUGCAACAACUGUUUGCUGACCAAGAUGGGAAUGUUCUGAAAUGCCAUAGGUAUUGACUUUUCAAGAUGGAAGCCUGUGCUAUAGAGGGUUUUUUUGGCUGAUGUCCAGCAGGGCAAUGGGCUUUGCUAUGGCGGCCAAAUGUCUACUUUAUUAGUAGCAUGACAAAUAAGUUAGUUUUGCAAACAUUCUGUUCUGCUGUAAUUAGUUGCUUUUUCUACAUAGUCCACACACAAUCUGAAAACCACUUAUUGAGAAACUGGUUUCAAUCCGAGAAUAAAGCAGGUUGGUUCUGCAUUACCCUGCAGUGCCAUAUAACCAUACAAUUGUAAAGUAGGAAAUUGUGUCCGUUUGUAGAUGGUUCCAGCAAUUGAGGAGGGGGGUGUAACCACACCUGCCUAAUUCCGUUGUGGGUGGACUAAUAACCAAGAUUGCAGUCACCGCUUCCUCCAUCAUUCACCUGGGCCGUGUACAGGGAGGAAGAGGAGUGGAUAAUCCUAUUACAAGGGGAGGGGUUUAUAAUGUGUUUCAACUAAUCACACCCCACCCUUGUGCACGGCAGGAUCUAGAAUCAAUUUUGAUUGAAAGCAGCAUGUUGAAGAUGAGCAUGAAUAGAUCCAGAUUGAGAUGAACUAUAUUUUUGUGCUCCAAACAGGUUACUGUGUCCGCAGCCUGACUAUGCUAUAGUUAAUGACAGCCUACCUGGCAAUAAUCAUUUGGCAGUGGGUGACUGAGCAGAUCUUACUCUGUGCACAGGAAAUACUCAUUAGGGACCAGACUCCUCCUUUUCUGCUGGUUAUCUGGGCAGUCCAAGAUCUUUCCUCAUCCAAACCAUCUGCUGCCUGUAUCCAGAAGCUGGCUUUGAUCACAUCCACACUAUAAAUGUAAAACACUAAUACAGUACCACUUUAACAGUCAUGGCACUGAAACAAGUGUUUGCCAUAAAUAUUUAUCAUAUUCUGGUUGCCUAGGGAAAAGUACUGGUUUCAGCAUUAGAAGUGCUCACGAUGACUUGGGCUGACUGCUAGAAGUGUAAGUGGCUUAUGUUCAUAGAUGAGCGACUAAAUCUCUGUCACAAACUACUUUUGGGAUGAAUUCCAGAGAGGCAACUCCAUUCGUCAAGGAUCCUUGUGGCACCUCAGUGACUAACAGUUUUAUUCAAUGAAUUAUUUACUUAUGAGGAAUAUUUAUAGCCCGUCCUUUAGCGGAUGCCACGAUGGGGUGCAAAAUACAGAACGCAGUAACAUAAAACAAAAAUACAAACCACUGAAAACCAGUUUAAACAAUAAGAACACACACACAUAAUACAAUGAAAAUGCCUUUGCAAAUAAGUAAAUCUCUUACUUAUAAGAGCCAGUGUGGAGUAGUAGUUGGAGACUACUCCAACUUUGAAUCCCCCCCCCCCCGCCUUGGUCAUGAACCUAACUGGAUGACCUUUGGGCCAGUCACUGCCUCUCAGCCUAACCUACCUCACAGGGUUGUUCUGGGGAUUAAACGAGGAGGGGGAGGACCUGUGUUCGCCACCUUGAGUUCCUUAGAGAAAAAAGGUGGGAUACACAGUGGUACCUCAGGUUAAGUACUUAAUUCAUUCUUGAGGUCUGUUCUUAACCUGAAACUGUUCUUAACCUGAAGCACCACUUUAGCUAACGGGGCCUCCUGCUGCUGCCGUGCCGCCAGAGCACAAUUUCUGUUCUCAUUCUGAAGCAAAGUUCUUAACCCGAGGUACUAUUUCUGGGUUAGCGGAGUCUGUAACCUGAAGCGUAUGUAACCUGAAGCGUAUGUAACCCGAGGUACCACUGUACAUGCAAUAGAUAAAUGAAUAAAUAAAACUUGGCACCAAAAUGAUGGAAAGUGUCAGCAAAGCACCACUACAGAGAGGGCUCUUUCUUGCUUCAUCACAUAAUGAGACUACCCCACACAGUGGAAUGCAAAGGAGAGCUUUCUUUGCACAUCUUACAGCACGAGUAGGAUGAAACGGUGAGAGGAUCUCCUUACUAUGCCACAAUCCAUCCAGGUUAGUCUUUGCAACACCGUAAGGCUGUUUGUUGUUUACAUCUUAGGGAUGCAGUUCCUCUCCAGUUCUCCACCCCCUUAAGGAUUCCACUGGUGCUUUGACUUCCUUUGAAUUCCAAGCAGAUAGGUUUGUUUUUAUUUUAAACUGGCGGGCCUGUGAGAGCAUCAUCACAAUGAUAUGUAGAGUGUCACCAUGUGGGUUAAAGCAAUCACUUUUCCUGGACCAACAUCUCUUGGCAAGAAAUACAAAGCAGUUGUGGUAGGCUGGAGCGGCUUAAAUUUGUGUUUUCAGCUCAUACCACCCAUAUUAAUUAACAAUGUACAUAUUCCAGUCUAGUGAGGUAGGCAACCAGUUAAUAAGCCUUCGCCACAUGAAAGAAGCAUGCACAAUAGUGCUGUGACUUUUUAAAAAAUAUAAAACUGUUGCUGUCUAUCUAUUUUGCUCUGAUGUGGUGAUUCCUUUAUCUUUUUUAAACACAAACUUUCCCCCCUUAUAAACCACUUGAAAGUUGCUAAGCAUCUUAGCAGAUCACUAAAUGACUUCUCGGCCUGUUGUAGCAACUGCUGUACUAGAUGGUGCAUGAUUAUUAAUUGCAUUUUUUUUUACAGGUAUGCUGUGGACCAGCUGAAUGAAGCUUGUGACUGGGAUCUUGACUCUGCUAUUAAUGGUAGAUGAAUCUCAAGGGGUGUCCAUUCCUGUUGUGUUGGGUGAGUUUUAGCUAGUAAAGCUCAAGGAUGUGGACAAGCUGUCAGGGCAACUACUUGUAUUCUGGACCCUUGCCCCUCUUGGCUGAUACAAAUUAGCAGGGAGGGGACAGUUGGCUGAACCAGGGAGGUGUUCAAUAUUGCCUUGCAAGGGGGGGGGGGGUUCCCUGCCCGCUUGAAGGAGCCUGUGGCAAAACCACUCCUCAAGAAACUCUCCCUGGAUUUGGAAAUUAAGUAACUACCAGCCAAUCUCCCCUUCCUGGGCAAGGUUCUUGAGCAGGUAGUCGUGGACCAAGUCUAGGGACUCUUGGAGGAAACAGAUUUUCUAGAUCCAUUUCAAUUGGGGUUUCGGCACAGAAACUGCUUUGGUCAGCCGGUAUGAUGAGCUCUUUUGGGAGAGAGACAGAGGAAAUGUGCCGCUGUUAAUUUUCUUCAACCUCUCAGCAGCUUUUGAUACCAUCGACCAUGGUACCCUCUGGAGCAGCUGUCUGAGUUGGGGGUGAGCUUUGAUCUGGUCCUACUUGGAUAGCCAUUCCAAGAGGGUGAUGCUCUUGGGUCCUUCAGUGUGGGGUUCCUCAGCGUUCAAUUUUAUCUCCUAUACUGUUCAACAUCUACAUGAAAUUGCUGAGUGGGGUUAUCCAGAGUAUGUUGUCAGCAAUACGGUGAUGACACACAGCUCUACUUCUCCUUUAAAUCCACAGGUGGGGCAGUACUGGAUUGAUGUCUUGCCUCAGUAAUGGACUGGAUGAGAGCCAACAAACUGAAGCUCAAUCCAGAUAAAACUGAGGCACUCUUAGCGGGUGGUUCCCUAGACCGGAUGGAUGAAAGGUUGCCAGCUCUUGAGGGGGUUACACUCUCUCUGAAGGAGUGGGCCAGGUGGUUUACCAGGACAAGAUAGUUUGGGCAUAUGACACCGAUCCUGGCCUGACAGCACUGGCUGCCAUAUAGUUUCUGGGCACAAUUCAAAGUGCUUGUUUUGACCUAUAAAGCCUUAAACGGUUCAGGACUGCAAUUCCUUAAGGACCACCUCUCUCCAUAUGAUCCAACCUGGACCAUGAGAUCAUCAUCUGAGCCCCUUCUUGGUGUGCCCCGUUCAGAGAGGUGGAGAGGGUGGCAGCACAAGAAUGGGCCUUUUCUGUGGUGGCUCCUCGAUUGUGGAAUGCUUUACCAAGGGAUGUGUGCCUGGCACCUUCAUUAUACAUCUUUAGGCGCCGGCAAAAACGUUUCUGUUCAACCAGGCAUUUGCAUUGUGAACCGCCCUGUGAUCUUCAGGUGAAGGGCAGUACAGUGGUACCUUGGUUUAAGAACAGCUUAGUUAACUUGGAUUAAGAACGCUGCAAACCCGGAAGUAGGUGUUUUGGUUUGGGAACUUUGCCUUGGAAUAAGAACAUGUUUCGCUUCCUGUUGAGUGUGUUCCAUUUGUAAAUUGAGUCCCCCACUGCUAUGGGAAACCACGCCUUGGUUUAAAAAUGCUUUGUUUAAGAACGGACUUCCGGAAUGGAUUAAGUUCAUAAACCAAGGUACCACUGUAUACAAAUUUAAUAAAUAAUAACAUAAAGUUCUUCCAUUGCACUAGAUUGACAGAGCACUUCAAUCCUUUUUAAUUUUGCAAACCUAAAUUUCCAAUAUGUGCUUGAUUCCCUCCUGCAAAAUAGUGAUAGUCUGGAGGCAUCCUUAGUUUAUAUAUAUAUUUGUUUGUUGUCUUAAGAGGAUUUCUCUCUCUCUGAAAGGCAGGAUAUCAUUUUUGCUAAAUAAACAAAGCAUUGUCAGGACUAUGCAUGAUUAGCAUUAAUAAGAUAUUUGUCACACUCCUACUCGGAGCCAAGAACCGACAAAACAUUUCCAUGACUAGCAUUGUCUGCAAUCCUUGCAAUGCCUUUUCUCCCUGGAAACACUUCCCCUUUCCCUUUGUCACAUGUUUUCAUUAGUUUAGUCAAGGUAUGCAUUUCAUCAUUCUGUAUCAGAGUUUGUUGCAUCUGUUAGCCUUUUUCGAACUCCUUGCCUUAGGCAGAUGCCUUUACUCUAUAACUUUAGACGACUGCAGAAAACCGUUUUGUUUUUUUCAGCAAGCCUGCCCACACAUAAAAUUCAGUUACGGUAUCUAUAUUUGUUUUGUUUUAUUAGAAGUACUACUCAUUUUAUCUGCGUUUUAUUAAUAGUUUAUGUUUAUUUGGGUUUGUUUCUUUUAACAGCCAUGGAUUUUAGCCAUGCUCUGUGAACAAUUCCAUCAUGUACGCUGCUCAGAGAGCUUCGCGAUUAAGAAAUCGGCAAAUAUUUCUAAUUAAGUGAGUUUUAUUUAAGUAUUUUAUUCCAAUCAUGAAUCGUCGGCUACACUAGUCCCUCAUCUGCCGUUUUUGUCAAUUAUCAGGACUGGAGCUCAAAGCAGGAUUUGAACUGACAGGGUCAUCAGAAGGUCAAGCAGUGAUUUAGCCUGUGCACUAGCGCCACUACUGAGCACCAGCCUAGUCAGGGAUGUACUACAAGACAAUUAAACACACAGCAAAAAACCAUUUUUAAUUUCACAGGCCAGAGCAGGUCACAUGAGAAUCCAUCAGGAAAUCUGACAUUGAACAAGCCCUAUGCUCAGUGGUGGCCAAAGUCUGUGGCAAGUGUGCCACAACAAGUCAAGCACAAAGCAUGAGAUUGUGCCACUCAAGGGCACGCUACAGUGUCCAGUCCUCUCUGGUGUCCUGUGUACACACUCCUGUUUACUCUUUGUGGAGAGAUUAGAUGACGCCAGCUAUUUCAGAAGCAUUUAUGCUGACUUGUUUGCGGGGAGGUUAGACGAUGUCGCACCAAGCAUUGUCUCACACUUUCCAGUGCCAUUUUCCAAUCACUUUUCUUAUCAGAAAAAGUCCAAUCUUUUGGAACAGCCCCAAUUAUCAGCUUUAAUUGUGUAGCCUGAGUUCACCAGGAUGUGAUUGAAUACCACCAAAAAAUAGUGAUACUCUGGAAGCUCCUUGAGUGAAUCAACUAGCCAUUACACUUGGAGGCACAUGAAUCUGUUCUGAAAAUUCAUUUUAUGAAUAGCAACCUCGGAGGCUGCAUUCAGGAGCAGUGAAAAUGAAAGGUGAGGGGCUGCUUAACCAUUUCCACCAUUUGUUCAUGCACAAUGAUUCUUUCCUACACUACUUUUCUCUCAGCAGCUGGGGAGUGGUGGUGAGAUAAGGUUUAUUCUGUAUCUUUAAAAUGUGAGGCAGCAGGUUCUGAGUGAAAAAAAUGCCAGAAAGGAAAAUUGCUAAGCAGUCCCUCCAACCUAUGCUGCAAACACGAAGGUUGUUGUUCAUUUAAUUUUUUAAAAAAGCAAACAAGACUGGAGUUUGAUGAAUACAUCUCCUAUGUAAUGUCUAGUCUAGUAGGGGGAAAUAUUUCUGGGUGCUUGAAUUCCUUUGGUCAGGGAAGCUUUCCUACAAAUUACAUCAAGCAAACACAAAGUGAACAUCAGCACUUCCUGACCCUCUCAAGUGUCCCUAUUUUCCAGGGAUUUCCCUGAUUUAGAGAAGCUUGUCCUGGUUUCUGGUUUGAUGCCGGAAUGUCCUGCUUUUCCUUAGGACAUUCCUAUUUUCAUCGGAGAAAUCCUUGAGGGUAUGCACUUCCUUAUUGUGAAGUCCUAUGAACAGCAAGUGGCCCUGGUUAUAUAAUAUAUGCAGGUGAAACAGUCUGAAUCACCUGCAUAAAAUACACUCCACACACAUCCUCAUCUCUGACUGGGCACACCUCAGUCACUGCACUUGCAACACACUCUAAUCUCCUGAGUGGAGCACACAGCUUAUUCCUAAAGCAGAGAUAAGGAACUGGGUCCAGCGACAUAUCGCCCAACAGCUGUGGGUCAAUUUGGCAGGAGGUGGGACUCUCUACCUGUCAGUCACUGGCUGUUGCCCUGGUGUCAGGUGAAGUGUUUUCCUUUGCAGACAAGCUUGAAAAACCCUUCCUUUGCCCUUGGAGUUUGAAAUCAACAAGUGCAGCUGAUAGGCGGCAGGUGCUGCAGACCUCAUGGUUAGUUUUCAAACUUCAAGAGCAAAAGAAGUGUUUCCCUUUACGUUUCUCUUCCCAUGCUUCAGAACCAGAUUAUUCCAGCAGAGCCUCCUGCUUUGCAGUUGUGUCUUCACCUGCCCCACACCUGGUGUCACACAUACCUGGUAAUGGCAGGUAUGUGGGCAGGCUGGCACGGUUUGGGGAGAACUGCCUUGUGAGCCUAAUUAGGAUACCUGCCGGACUUAAUUUGCCUUGGGGGGGCUGAAUGUUCCCCACCACUGUUGUAAAACCUAUGUUUCGUACUCAGACGUUUCAAUUUCUGACAACUCCACCUGAUAGAUCUCUGUAAUGAGGGUUGGAAAGUCUACCUGGGACAGUCCUGCCAAUCAGAGCACACAAUACUAUGCUAGACAGAACAAUGGCCUGAUUGGUGUAAUGACAGCCCCCUUCCCAAGCAAGCAGCCUUAUUUUUCCAGAGUUGGUGUGCUAAGAGGGCCUUGCACCCCCACCCCCACCCCGCAAACAAAAAAGAGAGUUUUUUAAGGUUUCUGCUUUGUUUUUAAGGUUCUGGAAUGCUCCCACGAGAUCUUGCAGGGUCAUGCAAGUUCCUGCAAGAGCAUCCCAGAGUCUGGUAAGCAAGGCAGAGAGCUUAAAAGCUCCUUCCACACUGGGAAAACCCUGUGCCAAAAGGGCUUUUAAGCUCUCCAACUUCCAGCAUUUAAAUUGUUUGAUUUCAACCCACCAGCCUCCAACCAGGUAAUUUGAAAAUGUACAAGUUAAAUGCGGUUGUACUGUACUGGAUUGUUAAUUUGCAAGUAAGCAAGCCAUGCUAGUAUCCAUCAGGAUCAGUUCUCCCAGUCACUUGUAAAGCAUUCUCCUUUGCUGGCCAAAUAGAAUGGACAGAUGCCAAAAAAUGAACAGGGCUCCUGCACCUUUAAUAGUGGUAUGGAUGGGGCUCCUGAACCUUUAAUUGUCGCAUAGAAGGGAUAAUUUCAUCCAGUGCAGCUCGUCAUGCACUAUAUACCUGCUGGAAUUCUCUCUUCUACAUGACUAGUGAACAUGCCCUCUUUUCUUUGUCACCUGGCCACCCUAUUCAAAACCUCCUUAAGCUCUCCCCUACUUCUCCAGACAGACGAGGCUCUCUCAUUCAUUGUAGUAGUCACUACUGUAGAUUUCUAAAUGAAUCAAAUAUUACAAAACAGCACCCAUCUCUACUUGUCUCUCCUCCAUAGGAAGCCAAACCCAAGUAGUGUUUUCUCAGAAGGUCUCACAUCUCAGGAAAGUGGGGAGAGCACAUAACAGUAUUCAAACCCAACUGGGCCAAAUCUGCAAGCAAUUGUGAUGCAGUGACAAGCCUCAGGAAAGGUAAUUUGCUUAAAGACAAUGGAUGAUUCUAAGAUUAUAAGAACUGUUUGGAAUUUUAUUAGCAUGAUUUAUGUUUCCAUUGAAGGAUGCAUCAAGUGGGUGUGUCUGAUGUUUGAACUCCUAAGUCAAUUUUAAAAGAUGAAUUACAGACUUGCCCUAAAGGAAACAAUCUAAUGAGCUGUGUUUUACUUAAUUGGAUUUACAGUACAGUCUUCCAUGUGUGUACUCAGAAGCAAUCACCAUCGAGUUCAGUGGAGGUAUAUAUCUUUCCAGGUAUAUAUCUUUAGGAUUACACCCUAAUUCAUAUUAACUGAGGCAGUGAUGAGGGACCUGUGUAUACCCCACAAGUGUCCCGGAAGAAAGGGACAGCCUAUUUUUUUUAAUCAUGAGAGAAUGGAGGCCGUUUUGCUUGCUGUGACCUCGCUCAAUUUCCGCCCGGAAAAAAAGUGAAAUUGCAUGAGAUCACAGCACCCCAAACUGUUGCGAUAAAAAAGUUGAAUCUGGCGUCCUGGAUUUUGGCUUCAAAGUGUUGGAGGGUAUGCCUGUGAACAUCAGAUGCUUUUGGACCCAACUCCCAUCCAUCCCAGACAGCAUGGCCAACAGCCAGGGAAGGUGGGAGUGGCUGUCCCGCAAUAUUUGGAAGGCCACAGGUUUCCCCAUCCCUGAGUUAAGAGGCAGCCAGAUCUCAAGAGUACAGAGGCCUGGAAGCUCUGUAUACUACAUCCAGAAUCAGAGGCAGCAUGAGUCUGAAUACUGGUAGCUGAAGCUCACAAACAGGGGAGUGCUCUUGCUCUUGUGUCUCACUCCCCUCUAAUUGUCUCUUGAGCCCACAGACUGCAGCAAACAGAGGCAAGGAUGUUGUGUGGCUCGGCACAGGUUAUUCCCCAACUAACCCAGCAAGGAAAUCGUUUUUCUGGGAACCUUAAGUCACACACCACACAAGUCCCUCCAAGCUAGCCGCUGGUGUUCUUCCUUGCUUCAGCCUGAAAGCACACCCAUUCCGGUGCAGGAACCCAAGGCUCUUUCUCAACCACCCAGUGACUCCCCAAGCCAACGUUAUCCUGGUGUCUAAGAAAUGGGCAGGUAGGAAGAGUAUGCAAGAGGAAGGGAGAAGGUGACAAAGAGAGAUUAUGGGCACAGUAAUUACACAUAAUAGCAUUCCACCCAUUAGCAUCAGGAAAAUAAAGUAAUUUUAAGAGAUUAAUUCCUGAAUGAUGCCUGAGCAUCCUUUUAGGAGCAUCCUAUCAUCCUCGCUGCAGUGUUAACUGCUUCAUUGCCCAGAGGACUGGCACAUUUUAAUUUUAAAGAAAAUUAAGCUAGUCAGAUGCAAGGUCUAAAAAGACAAAGUGGCCCCAUGCUUAUUUAGUACGUGCCAAAUGCUCACUUGUAAUGUGGCUGUAUGCAACAUCUUUCUCCUUCUCCUUCUCCUUCUCCUUCUCCUUCUUUCUUCUUCUUCUUCUAUUUAUAUACCGCCCUUUAUCCAACAAUCCCAGGGCAGUGUACAACAUUUUAAUUUCUAGGCAUUUCAGCUAGAGUAGUCCAGCAAACAGAAAGAUGUAUUUGGAUGCAGUUUCUGUCUCAGCGCUGCCACUGGCUCAAAAUCUAUGUAGCCCUGGUCAAGACAUUCUGUAAUAGUUCCCUGUCUGUAAAAUGAGGGUAUCAGGCUUGCUGUACACACACAGCAGAACCAGCGAAGGCCGUGAAUGUCCUGUGUGAGUGCCUGGCGGCUAACAGAUUGAGGUUGAAUCCUGACAAGACAGAAGUACUGUUUGGGGGGGGGACAGGGGGCGAGUGGGUGUGGGGGACUCCCUGGUCCUGAAUGGGGCAACUGUGCCCCUGAAGGACCAGGUGCGCAGCCUAUGAGCCAUUUUGGACUCACAGCUGUCCAUGGAGGUGCAGGUUAAUUCUGUAUCCAGGGCAGCUGUCUACCAGCUCCAUCUGGUAUGCAGGCUGUGAUCCUACCUGCCCAAGGACUGUCUCACCAGAGUGGUGCAUGCUCUAGUUGUCUCCCGCUUGGACUACUGCAAUGCGCUCUACGUGGGGCUACCUUUGAAGGUGACCCGGAAACUGCAAUUAAUCCAGAAUGCGGCAGCUAGACUGGUGACUGGGAGUGGCUGCCGGGACCAUACAGUAGAACACCGGUCCUGAGAGAUCUGCAUUGGCUCCCAGUAUGUUUCCGAGCACAAUUCAAAGUGUUGGUGCUGACCUUUAAAGCCCUAAACGGCCUCGGUCCUGUAUACCUGAAGGAGUGUCUCCACCCCCAUCGUUCAGCCCGGACACUGAGAUCCAGCUCCGAGGGCCUUCUGGCGGUUCCCUCAUUGCGAGAAGUGAGGUUACAGGGAACCAGACAGAGGUUUGAAAUGCUGUCCAGUUGUUUGCAAACAUAUGGAGGAAACCUGCUCCUUGAUCUCAGGAACCAUCAUGCAAUAUUUGUUUAAGAUCAAUGCAGUUUUGAGAGAUUCAGUUUGCUAUAUUGAUAAAUUGUGUCCAAACACAGAUGAAAACUAGCUCCUUAGUCGGGUGCAAAAUUUAGUUACGAUAUCUUAACAGGUGUUUAAAUUCAUAGUAAGUGUUAACUGUCAAAGUUAUCCAGAACUCUUAACCAGGCCACAUGGUAAGCAAAAUAGGGGCAGGAAGGAGUAAGAAAAAACGUUGAUUAUUGUUGGAGCCAUUUUAUUUAUUUGCUUAUUUAUAUCCCACCAUUUGUCUCCAAGACACACAGAGCCAGCAUUUUGUCACAGUCUCUGCUCGGUGCUUUGCAGAUUUCUAGUUGUGUCUAUGAGAGUUCUGCACACUAUUUCAUAACGUUUUGUUUGGGCCAAUAAAAGUUCCCCCCUAAAGCAGAUUUUGGAAUUUUCCAAAUGAUAACACCUUCAGGAGUGAGGAAGCUGUCGUUUUUCCAGAUGCCGUUGGACUAGAACUCAUCCCCGACUACUGGCACUGCUGGCUGGGGCUGACAGGAGCUGGGAAGUGGCAAGUUCCCCAUCCAUGACUAGACAAACUGUAAGUGGGUUUUGCAAUCUCUGAAUGGGACAAAGCAACAACCCUGCAAGUUCUGGCUGAACUCUUCCACCCACUUUGACUGUUGUGUAUCUCCACCCAAGACAAUAAGUUUGUGUACCCACUUACCUCUAUGGCUUAAACAUUAAGACACAUUAAAAAAACUUAUUUGUUACAUGAAGAGGUGUUAAAGCGACAAUGCAAGGAAUGGAUGCCAAACGGUUUAAGAACAGUUCUGUUUAAGAACGAUUCGGUUUACAAACUCCGCAAAACCGAAAAUAGUGUGCCAGUUUGAAAACUUUACCUCGGUCUAAGAAUGGAAUCUGAACGGUGGCAGGGCACCGGCGGUGAGAGGCCUCAUUAGAGAAAGCGCACCUCGGUUUAAGAACAGUUUCAGUUUAAGAAUGGACUUCUGGAACGGAUUAAGUUCAUAAACCAAGGUACCACUGUACUAAAAAUCAGUUAAAUAAUGGAUUAAAGGUAAAUGGACCCCUGACCAUUAGGUCCAGUCGUGACCGACUCUGGGGUUGCGGCGCUCAUCUCGCUUUAUUGGCCGAGGGAGCAGGCGUACAGCUUCCGGGUCAUGGGGCCAGCAUGACUAAGCCGCUUCUCGCGAACCAGAGCAUCACACGGAAACGCCGUUUACCUUCCGCCGGAGUAGUACCUAUUUAUCUACUUGCACUUUGGUGUGUUUUUGAACUGCUAUACACACACCUGUAAUUCAGGACGAUAUUUCAUGCAUCUGGCGAAGUAAACUGUAAUCCAUGAGAACCUUUGCCACAAAAAAUUGUUGGCCUUUAAGCUGCUGCAAGACUCUGGUCUUUUUCAGAGGACAACUAGUUUAUCGAGAAUUAGUCUGGAUUUGUUUGCAUGUUUGGGAGAGGUUAGAUGACAUUGGCUGUUUAAUGAGCAUUCAUCCUCAUUUGUUUGUGGUGAGGUUAGGUGACGUCAAAACAGGUUAUCCCACAAGUCCCAGUGCAUUUCCCCAUCACUUUCUCUAUUGCAAAAAGUCUGAUCUUUUGAGGAAGGAGGUCUGUUGCACAAGAGCUCCAAAUCGACUUCAGUUUUUCAGCCUGAAUUUUCCAGUGUGUGAAUGAAUCCUACCCAGGGGGGUGAAAAUGGUCUGGAAGCACCCUUUGUUGUUUUUAAUGCAAAAACAAUUAAAAGCACUGGACUGCAUGACCCUUGGGGUCCCUUGCAACUCUGCAAUUCUAUGAUUUGCUCUCAGCUGUCCAUUCCAUGAGUGUCUCUCAGGUACUAUGGUCACCUUUGAGCCUCAUCACCUUUGGGACGUGGGUGGUGCUGUGGACGCGGGUGGCACUGUGGGUUAAACCACAGAGCCUAGGACUUGCCGAUCGGAAGGUCGGCGGUUCGAAUCCCUGCGACGGGGUGAGCUCCCGUUGCUCGGUCCCUGCUCCUGCCAACCUAGCAGUUCCAAAGCACGUCAAAGUGCAAGUAGAUAAAUAGGUACCACUCUGGCGGGAAGGUAAACGGCGUUUCCGUGUGCUGCUCUGGUUCGCCAGAAGCGGCUUAGUCAUGCUGGCCACAUGGCCUAGAAGCUGUACGCCGGCUCCCUUGGCCAAUAAAGCGAGAUGAGCACCGCAACUCCAGAGUCGGUCACAACUGGACCUAAUGGUCAGGGGUCCCUUUACCUUUACCUUUACCUUUACCUUUGGUUAAGCUUCAAGCAUCUGGUUACACUGAGGCUGAGAGCACUGCUUUAAUGUUCAACAACGAAGACCCUCUACAUAUCUUGAGACUGGCCUCCUCUGGCAUUGUGCAUCCCCUCCGCUGGUUACCACAACUCUCCCCCCCCCCCACCAUAGCAAACCUCACGGAUCACAGGGGCAAUAGGUGCCUUCUGCCAACUGCUUAGCAGUUUUCCUCAGUCAGCUCCCAACAAACAAAGGCUGCCCCAAUCAAGGCUGUCAAAACUGUUCCUUUCAAUCCCCUCCUCCUCACACAAACACUCACACACACAUCCGGGCUGGUGGGGUGUAACAUGUAGCUGGGAUCCAUUGUCACAGGCCAUCAACGGACAUAAAUUCCUCUCACCCAGGUUCCUGGCUGCCAAAAUGCACAAGAGCUAUUUUGUAUAACUACCAAAGACCUCGGGACACGGGUGGCGCUCUGGUCUAAACCACUGAGCCUAGGGCUUGCCGAUCGGAAGAUCAGCGGUUCAAAUCCCUGUGAUGGGGUGAGCUCCCGUUGCUCGGUCCCAGCUCCUGCCAACCUAGCAGUUCGAAAGCAUGUUAAAGUGCAAGUAGAUAAAUAGGUACCACUCCGGCGGGAAGGCAAACGGCGUUUCCCUGCGCUGCUCUGGUUUGCCAGAAGCAGCUUAGUCAUGCUGGCCACACGACCCGGAGGUUGUCUACUGGCAAACGCUGGCUCCCUCGGCCUAUAGAGCGAGAUGAGCGCUGCAACCCCCGAAUCAUCCGUGACUGGAUCUAACGGUCAGGGGUACCUUUACCUUUACUAAAGACCUCGUUGGCAACAAUCUGUUAUGGGUGGCAGGGGGGAUGCAAGCCCAGUGUGUUGCCCCCUCCAAAAAACUUUCCUUCACUUCCCACGUGUACCUCCCAAAUCAAUCCACAUGGAUCAUUGCUCAGCGCCAUUUCAGGAUGUUUGCAGGUCUCUGUGUGAAAGUGAUUCUUGAUGGUUUCAUGGUUGAGAUUUGGCGACAUCACCUUUGCAGACCAGAAUGGAUUCCCAGUCAGGAAAUGGCAAAUCAGGGAAGGGGCUGUAGCUCACUGCUAGGACGCAGGGCUGGCUCCAGACAUUUUGCCACCUGAGGCAAAGGGCAAGAUGGUGCACAAACAUAACCCAUUCCACAUACAGAUGCUGACUGGACUCGCAGCUGAAUCUUACUUCAACACAUGUGAUGGGAUGAAGAAAUGGUUAACUGGAAAAUUUAUAAACACAACUGAGCUACUUUUGCCCAGAUUUUUUUUGUGUAUGGGAGGAGAAAGCAGUUGGACGGGGCAUGUUUCGGGUGAAAAAAUACCUUUAUAGCCUCUUCCCUACUCACCUUUCCUCGCUCCUGAUUGUAGCCUCCAAGAGCUGCUUUCAUUUAAAAAAUAAUAAUCAAAGGAAAAAUUACACAACAUUUUUAUCAACGACUUGGAUGAUGGACUCAAGGGCAUCCUGAUCAAAUUUGCAGAUGACACCAAAUUGGGAGGGGUGGCUAACACCCCAGAGGACAGGAUCACACUUCAAAACGACCUUGACAGAUUAGAGAACUGGGCCAAAACAAACAAGAUGAAUUUUAACAGGGAGAAAUGUAAAGUAUUGCACUUGGGCAAAAAAAUGAGAGGCACAAAUACAAGAUGGGUGACACCUGGCUUGAGAGCAGUACAUGUGAAAAGGAUCUAGGAGUCUUGGUUGACCACAAACUUGACAUGAGCCAACAGUGUGACGCGGCAGCUAAAAAAGCCAAUGCAAUUCUGGGCUGCAUCAAUAGGAGUAUAGCAUCUAGAUCAAGGGAAGUAAUAGUGCCACUGUAUUCUGCCUGGAACGAUGCCUUAUGAGGAACGGCUAAGAGAGCUGGGCAUGUUUAGCCUGGAGAAGAGGAGGUUAAGGGGUGAUAUGAUAGCCAUGUUCAAAUAUAUAAAAGGAUGUCACAUAGAGGAGGGAGAAAGGUUGUUUUCUGCUGCUCCAGAGAAGCGGACACGGAGCAAUGGAUCCAAACUACAAGAAAGAAGAUUCCACCUAAACAUUAGGAAGAACUUCCUGACAGUAAGAGCUGUUUGACAGUGGAAUUUGCUGCCAAGGAGUGUGGUGGAGUCUCCUUCUUUGGAGGUCUUUAAGCAGAGGCUUGACAACCAUAUGUCAGGAGUGCUCUGAUGGUGUUCCUGCUUGGCAGGGGGUUGGACUCGAUGGUCCUUGUGGUCUCUUCCAACUCUAUGAUUCUAUGAUACACAGAAAUCUGGGUAAUGUGUGGUUUGGCAUCAAAGCACCUCUUUAAGCAGGCUUUUGAAGAGGGGUGAAAGUUUGGAUUUAUGUCGCCACUGCUGGUUUUAUUUGCAAAUUAAACUCUCCAUUUUCUUUUAUGUUGUUUUAAUGUUAUUGAUUAAUGUUGGUUAUAUUGUGUAUGUCUCCACCCUGGAACCUUUGGGUGAAUGGUGGAUUAGGGAUACUUCAAAUAAAGCAAACAAACAAGCAAGCAAGCUAUGCUUCAUACCAGGUGACUAGCGACCGGUCAGCUUGAUGUUGAUACCAGGAAAGGUCCUGGAACAGAUAAUUAAAAGGUCGGUGUGUGAGCACUUAGGAAAAGAUGCUGUGAUUACUAGGGCCCAGCUUGGGUUUCUCAAAAACAAGUCAUGCUGGACGAAUCUCUCUCUCUUUUUUACAAGUUUGGUGGAUCAGGGGAGUGCUGGUGACAGGGACUGGCAGGGUGCUGGUGUGUGCGCAAUGGGGGAAGCGAGGUUGGAAUCUGAUUUGGGAAAGGGGAUCUGUGAUUUGUGGGGAACUGUACUGGCCAGGAGGCAAAGGUCAGGAGCAGGGGCAGCUUCAGAUCAGGCAAGUGACGGGCCAGGUGUGUCUCCACUUUCUCCUGCACCAUCGUCUCCCAGAACCAGGAGGGGUUCGAAAAGCGACGAGCAGAGGACGUUGCCUCGCAGGUGUAGUCUCUGGCUGUGUGCAUGCAGCUCAUCAGGGGAAGGUACAUAAACUGGUUGAGACGGAGUGGUCCCCUGUUUCUGCAACUGCUCCAUAGAGUGUGGACCAGGGAAUAGCUGCUUAGAGGCUUGACUAGCGUGGAUAGGUAUCUGGAGAUGUAGAAAUGACUGUGUUAUCUUUGACAAUAAAGAGCUAACUAUCUGCUGUGUGCAUUCCGUUGGCUGGGGAGCACUCUUGACAGCUGUGGUCUCUUGAUUUCAGCAAGGCUUUUGACAAAGUCCCCCAUGAUAUUCUUGUGGAGAAACUGAUAAAGCUGGACGGGGCAACCAUUAGGUGGAUUUGCAGCUGGUUGACUGACCGAACCCAAAGAAGAAAAGAAGAAGAAGAGGAGUUUGGAUUUGAUAUCCCGCUUUAUCACUACCCGAAAGACUCUCAAAGCGGCUCACAUUCUCCUUUCCCUUCCUCCCCCACAACAAACACUCUGUGAGGUGAGUGGGGCUGAGAGACUUCAAAGAAGUGUGACUAGCCCAAGGUCACCCAGCAGCUGCAUGUGGAGGAGCGGAGACGUGAACCCUGUUCAGCAGAUUACAAGACUACCGCUCUUAACCACUACACCACACUGGCUCUCCAAAGAGUGCUCACUAUAGUUCUUCGUCAUCCUAGAAAAAAAGUAACAAGUGGUGUGCCACAGCGUUCUGUCCUUGGAUGAAGGAAUUGAGGGGAUGCUCAUCAGAUUUGCAGAUGACACCAAACGGGGAGGGCUAGCUAAUGCCACUUGGAAGUUGGAGAAAGCGUGUUUUCUUUUGUGAAAGAAGACUUUUGCAAAAUACUCCAAGUUUAGUCAUCUGGAGAAGAUCCUUCAUGGUUACAGGUGAAUAGGUGAGUAGCUCCUUGCUACCCUAGAUUCAAGACAUUCGCAUUAUUUCUGUAUUAAUUGAUCACAUGAAAUACCUUUCAAGAAUAUAUAGAAGCCUAGUGGUUAAAAAUACCCCAUGGUUGUCAACCCAAACAUAUUUACUUGGAAUCAACUACCACUGAAACCAAGAGGAUUUACAUCUCGGUCAACACAUUGACAGUGAAGUCUUAACCGUGUCUACUCAGUCCUAAUGUGGCUUUCUCCUAGUGGGUUGAGAAAUGUAUCCUUAGCCUGCUAGUCAGUGUGGUCUAGCAGUUAGAGUGCUGGACUAGGACCUGGGAGACUAAGGCUAAAAUCCCCACUCAGCCAUGAAGCUCACUGGGUAGCCAGUUGCUGCCUCUCAGCCUAACCUACCUCACAGGGCUGUUGUGAGAACAUAAUCAAAAAGGAGGGAACAGAACCCUGCACUCCUCCUCGAGUUCCUUUUCGAUGCUUUUAGAGAUUCUUGUUUUUAUCUGUAUGCAAUCUUGAGUCCCGUCAGUAAUAAUAAUACGCACCAGUCAGACACAACAGAAAGCUAAUUGUUAUUCCCACACAAGUCCAUGUGCUUUUACCACAUCCGCCUCCUACAUAUGGGCACAUUCCAGGUGAUUCCAUGAGUCAAAUCUGCAACUUCCCCCUUCUUUUGCCAAUCCUGUAAGUCAGCAAGACAGGGCAGUUAGCAGAGGCACCUCAGCCGUCAAGUGUUGCUGCUGGAAAAUGAGUGGUGGAGAGGCCUCGCUGUAGAGUUGUGUAACAUAACUUUGGUUCUUUAAUGCAAUCUCCUUACUCCGCCAACAUGCUUUACAUUCGCAAACCAAGAGUGCAUAACUCAGGAGCUCUUUAACAGUGAAAGCGUAACAACUCACCCGUUAAAUGAUUCUGAACGAUCUGUUCUUGCUUAAGGGUAAGGCUCAAGAUCAAAGUCCCACCUUCCAAGAAAUUACCGUAUUUUUCGCUCUAUAAGAUGCACCAGACCAUAAGACGCACCUACUUUUUGGAGGAGGAAAACAAGAAAAAAAAUAUUCUGAAUCUCAGAAGCCAGAACAGCAAGAGGGAUCACUGUGCAGCGAAAGCAGCAAUCCCUCUUCCUGUUCUGGCUUCUGGGAUAGCUGUGCAGCCUGCAUUCGCUCCAUAAGACGCACACACAUUUCCCCUUACUUUUUAGGAGGGAAAAAGUGAGUCUUAUAGAGCAAAAAAUACGGUACUUGCAAAAGGCCAAAAGCACUUCCAGAAUGACACUCUUUUCAGGUGGGAUUCAAUCACAUACCAGAAAAUUGAGGCUACAUGGUUAUAGUUGCUUUGCUACUCGAGUGCAAUAAACCCACUUCCUCAAAAUAUUGAGCUCUAAUUAUGGUGCUGGAGGAGACUCUUGAGAGUCCCAUGGACUGCAAGAAAAUCAAACCGAUCCAUUCUGAAGGAAAUCAGCCCUGAGUGCUCACUGGAAGGACAGAUCCUGAAGCUGAGACUCCAAUACUUUGGCCACCUCAUGAGAGGAGAAGACUCCCUGGAAAAGACCCUGAUGUUAGGAAAGAUGGAGGGCACAAGGAGAAGGGGACGACAGAGGACGAGAUGGUUGGAUAGUGUUCUCGAAGCUACCAGCAUGAGUUUGACCAAACUGCAGGAGGCAGUGGAAGACAGGAGUGCCUGGCGUGCUCUGGUCCAUGGGGUCAUGAGGAGUCGGACACGACUAAACAGCAACAACACCACACAAUAAGGAAAGUGAGGGAGGAUAACUGUUGCCUGAUGAAAAGUCCUUGCAAACAAAUAAGAAUGGAUGCUCAGUAAGCAAUGUUGUAUAACAGGUGUUGGGAACCCUUUGCCUUCCAGACGUUGCAGAACUGGCCAUUGGUCAUGCUUGCUGGUGCUGAUGGGAGUUGUAGUUCAGCAAUGUCUGGAGGGCAAAGAGUUCCCAACACCUGUUGUAUAAUCUGCAUGCAAACUUUGUGCAAAUUAGUGUGAAUGCUCAAUGAGCAGGAUGCCUGGGAGACCCUGAGAACCAAACACAAGCCUGCUGGAUCCUUAAAGCCCUAUGCGGCCUAGGACCCUCGUACCUAUGGGACCGCCUCUCCUGGUAUGCCCUGCAGAGGACCUUAAGGUCCACAAAUAACAACACUUUGGAGGUCCCAAGCCUCAAGGUCUGGGAUCUGGAGAGCCAGUGUGGUGUAGUGGUUAAGAGUGGUAGAUUCGUAAUCUGGGGAACCGGGUUCGCGUCUCCGCUCCUCCACAUGCAGCUGCUGGGUGACCUUGGGCUAGUCACACUUCUUUGAAGUCUCUCAGCCCCACUCACCUCACAGAGUGUUUGUUGUGGGGGAGGAAGGGAAAGGAGAAUGUUAGCCGCUUUGAGACUCCUUCCGGUAGUGAUAUUGCGGGAUAUCAAAUCCAAACUCCUCUUCUUCUUCUUCUUCUUCUUCUUCUUCUUCUUCUUCUUCUUCUUCUUCUUCUUCUUCCUCUUCUAGGAGGUUAGAUUGGUUUCAACUAGGGCCAGGGCCUUUUCAGCAUUGGCCCCAACCUGGUGGAAUGCUCUGUCACAAGAGACCAGGGCCCUGCGGGACUUGAGAUCUUUCCGCAGGGCCUGCAAGGCAGAGCUGUUCCGCCUGGCCUUUGGUUUGGACUCUGUCUGACCCAUGUUUCUCUCCCCUUAUGAUUUAUCAGCUACUUUAAAAUGAGGCUGCAUUUUAAAUUGCAUUUUAACCUAUAUUUUAAAUUGCCCCCCCCCUCUUUUUCUCCUAUUAUGUUUUUACUGUGAUUUUAUUGGUGUUAGCCGCUGUGAGCCCGGCUCUGGCCGGGGAGGGCGGGGUAUAAAUAAAAUUUAUUAUUAUUAUUAUCAGGUCAAUGGCCCACAUAGUCCAGCAUCCUGUUCUCACAGAGGAAACCAAAUGCAUGUAGGAAACCCGCAAGCAGAUGUCUGUAAAAACACACACAGAGAGACGUGUUUGGUUUCCAGCAUCUGAUAUUCAGAACCAUUAUUGCCUCUGACCAUGGAGGCAGGACAUAGCCAUCCUGAAAGCAACCAAAGACAUGUUUUUAAAAUCAAGAAUGCUCCAACUCAUGACAGUACAGUUUGAGGGAAACUUUGAUUCAGAAAAGGGACAUUUUUAUGCUCAGGGAAUAUACCUGUGGACACUAGUCGUGGUCAGGAACUCAGUGGAACGGAGGCAGAUUCCGUGUUUGUGCAACAUUAAAAUUGCCAGCUUUUUUUCCUGGCCUGCUCCUAUGCCGUUAGAAGCAGCCUGGCAUGCAGAAAUGUAGCAGGUGAAGCUUUUCCUAGCAUAAAGAUAACGGGACAGGAAAAGUCUUGCCUGUUACAUUUCUGCAAGCCAGGCUAUUGCUAAAGGGUAUGGGAGAGAGUUGUGGUUAAAAAAAAAAAAAGUCUGGCAGCCAUAGGUGUCUUGCAGCUAAGGGGUGGGGUGGGGCACAUUUAAAGAUGAACCUGCCUAAUUCACACUUUCCACAAUAACACACCAACUGAAACACAGUAAUUUUGCAAUGCAGUUCUUCGCAUGCUGGAGUGACCUUGUUAGCCCUUUAUAUUCAGGUAGGACUUUAUAUUCAGGUAGGUAGCCAUGUUCGUCUGACGCAGUCAAAAUAUAUAUAAAAAUAAAAAAUUGUCCAGCAGCACCUUAGCUACAGUGAGGGGGAAAAGUAUUGGAUCCCCUGCUAAAUUUGCCAAUUUGCCCUCUGACAAAGAAACCACCAUUCCAUAAUUUUAUUGGUAGGUUUAUUGUAGCUGUGAGAGACGGAAUAACAACAGGAAAACCCCCAGAAACUCAGAAGACAAAAGUCAGAGAUUGAUGUGCAUGAUAAUGAGUGAAAUAAGUAUUUGAUCCCUUUGCAAAAGAUGACUUCGUCAGAGGGCAAACGGGCAAAUUUAGCAGGGGAUCAAAUACUUCCCCCCCUCACUGUAGAUUCAGGUAGGUAGCCGUGUUGGUCUGACACAGUCGAAAUACAGAUAUAAAAAUAAAAAAAUUAUCCAGUAGCACCUUAGCUAGAUUCUUGUUAUCAUCUGUCUGUCUCAAGAGACAAUGGAAGAGUGCGCCAUCGGGGGCAAUGUCUAACCAUUGGAGAUUCACAGUGCCUGAUGGGAUUGUAAAGGCCAAUAUGGGAGAGACAUGUUUUGUUGCAGCUGGGGCAGAGGAAGGCGUUGGGUUUUGCUGCUACAGAUGCACCAUAGCAUUUCUUCUCUCUGCCCUCCUCCCAGAGGUCAUUUCUCCCCUGAUCACUGCUAUGGGUGCAUGAACUGUCUUGUCUCCAAGUGCUGCGGUUAAUGCUGCCAACCUCCGUGUCACAUUUGCAGACACCUUUGUAACACAGAGUUCUGCCUGAAGCCAGCUCCCCACAGAGCACAUCCUUGAAGAUCCCAUUUUCAAUUCUGUGGACAUGACUAAGCCAGCACAGGUGUCGCUGAGGCAGGAGUGUGCACACGCAAGGAAUGUGGGCAUCUUUCUUUGUCCUGCCAUAUGAUGCCCCAAUUCUUCCCGACACAGUGCAAAUGGAAGGCUUGGAGAUGUCGCUUCUGUUGGGUAGAAGCUGCCCACAAUUCGCUACCAUAGAUAUUUAGCUCUCCCAGAAUCAGAGCGUCUCUGCAAAUGUAGUAAACAGGAACCUGAUACUUUGGAGCAUAUUUUCUUUUCUUGUGAUUUUGGCAUCUAUGCCAGAAGACAAUUAUUAGAGGCCUUACAACUCAACAGGCUCAAUUCUAUGCUACCAACGGUUCUGGACCUGCUCUCGGACAGGAAUGAUCAAAUUACUUUAAUAGUGGCUUAAUUUUUGAGUGCUGUCCAUGUAGAAAGACUGGGCCAAUAUAAAGAGAUUUAGUGGUUCUUAACUGAUCGGUGAUGUGGUAGUGUUGUAUUGUAUUAUUUAUGCAAAUUGAUUUUCUCUGGAGUUAAAGAUCUGACUGGGACAAACCUUGUUAUGUUGAGCUCGUAUUUUGCACAAUUUGUAUACGGUGUCUGUUUGAUAAUGUUUGAUAUGCCUAAUAAAGGAUAUUCGAUCCGAAUUCGCUUCCAGAAAUCUGUGCUCAAGCCGCAUGGGCCUUGGUAUUGGUCAUCAGCAUCACAUUCUCCCAUACAAAUGCAUGUACAGUGGAAAUAGCGCCAAAAUGUCCAGUACAUUAGGGGAAAUUGCUUUGCAAAAUAUGUAAAUUAGGAGAAAUUACAUAGAAACAUGUGCAUACAGUAUUUGGAGAAAUUCACACUAAUGAGCUGAUGAAUUUUCAGGCGUUCUGUUUUUCUCGUGCAAGUUGUUUAGUCGUUUAGUCGUGUCCGACUCUUCGUGACCCCAUGGACCAGAGCACGCCAGGCACUCCUGUCUUCCACUGCCUCCCGCAGUUGGGCCAAACUCAUGCUGGUAGCUUCGAGAACACUGUCCAACCAUCUCGUCCUCUGUGGUCCCCUUCUCCUUGUGCCCUCCAUCUUUCCCAGCAUCAGGGUCUUUUCCAGGGAGUCUUCUCUUCUCAUGAGGUGGCCAAAGUAUUGGAGCCUCAGCUUUAGGAUCUGUCCUCCAGCACCAUAAUUCAAAAGCGAUCAGCCUUCUUUAUGGUCCAGCUCUCACUUCCAUACAUCACUACUGGGAAAAGCAUAGCUUUAACUAUACGGACCUCUGUUGGCAAGGUGAUGUCUCUGCUUUUUUAUGAUGCUGUCUAGGUUAGUCUUCUCAUGCAAACUGAUGCAAAAAUAUGGAGAAUGGGAAAUGAGAAACAAACGUGGACAGCUCUGCACCUUCCUAGAUUCAGCUCAGCCCAUUAGGUGUCCACACAUCCUGCUCCUGGUUUUGAAUGAGUCACUCGUGGUCAUUCCAGUGUUUCUUGCAUCUACUCCUGGACAUUGAGAGAAAAGAAGUAUCCCUCAUGUUGUGAAGUGCCCUGAGAUCCCCGGAUGAAGGGCAGUAUCAUACAAAUUUAAUAAACAAAACAAUAAUUUAAUUCUUUGCCUGUAUGACAAGGGAAAAAAUAUGGGAGUCUCCGAACUCUGAAUCAGUGAAAUAAAUGUCUUCUUCCUGACUCACAUUCCAAGGAAGGAAGGUGAUUUCUUCCCCACCACAACCACCACCACCACCACCUCCUCCUCCUCCCUCUUCUGCAAGCGUCUAACUCCAUCCCUCGCCAAGCUUGAAUUUCUACUUGACACCAAGUAAUUAUUAUUUUGAUUGGAGAAGGUUCCACUUUUAACGCGGCUCAGGGUGUUACUCACAGCAUUCCACCCCCUGCAAACUCAUGGUAGCAACCGAAGGCAUGUGAGGGAUUAAAUAAAGAAGCCAAAUGGAUGUCUGCACGUGUGUGAGAAAGAGCCAGCAGAGCAGGAGGACACAAGAAGAGCUGGGGAAGAGGGAUCUUCCAUGAGAACAGGAGAAGGACAGUGAGAGCAAGGAUCAAGCGGUUUAAAUGAAUUCGGAGGGGAGGAAAACCCAGGCAGAGGAGAUCACAAAGGUAGGAACAUCCGCGACUUUAUCACAAAAGACCUUGGAACAGCAUAGCCUUGACCAAUCUGGAGCCUUCCAGGUGUUUUGGACUGGCUGGGGCUGAUGGGAAUUGUGGUCUGAAACAUCUGGAAGACUCCAAAUGUUUGGCAAAGGCUGCAUUUUUCACAUUCUGUUCCAAGUGGCUAUGUUUCGAGCAAUCAUAUCUCCUAUCUGAGCUAUAUCCUGCACUGGGAGCCAUUGUUGAAAAGUAGGCUGUCCAUUGCCAGGUGAUGAAUGAAAUGCACAUCUCAGCUUAUGAUAACCUUUAAACUUUAUUUAGUUAAUAGGGGGAAAUUUGCAGGCUGCUAAGCCUUAGCAAAGGGACACGGGCGGCACUGUGGUCUACACCACUGAGCCUCUUGGGCUUGCCGAUCAGAAGGUUGGUGGUUUGAAUCCCCGCGACAGGGUGAGCUCCCGUUGCUCGGUCCCUGCUCCUGACAACCUAGCAGUUCAAAAGCACCUCAAAGUGCAAGUAGAUAAAUAGGUACUGCUCUGGCAGGAAGGUAAACAGCAUUUCCAUGCGCUGCUCUGGUUUUGCCAGAAGCGACUUAGUCAUGCUGGCCACAUGACCUGGAAAAACUGUCUGCAGACAAAAGUCGGCUCCCUCGGCCAAUAAAGAGAGAUGAGCGCCUCAACCCCAGAGUCGUUUGCGACUGGACUGUCAGGGUCCUUUACCUUUACCUAACUCUUAGCAAAUAUCUGUAGAGUACGAUGAUAUACAUGCAAUAAAUAAAACAGAUUUUAAAAACCCAGAAAUCCGAUAGUGAACAGUUUCACACUGUUUAGGGUUUAAUAUCCAGUGUAUUUAAAGAAAGAAUGGGUUUAUUCUACCAGAUGCUUACAGGUGAAAUGUUCCUCCUAGCUCUAUUAAAACUGAUGGGAUUUUGAAUGACACUUGAGACUUCAGCACUGAAUGAAACGCUCCAAUGCACUUUCUUCAGAUUAACACAGCCCUAAUAUAUCCGCGGGACACGGGUGGCGCUGUGGGUUAAGCCACAGAGCCCAGGACUUGCCGAUCAGAAGGUCGGCGGUUUGAAUCCCCGCGACGGGGUGAGCUCCCGUUGUUUGGUCCCUGCUCCUGCCAACCUAGCAGUUCGAAAGCACGUCAAAGUGCAAGUAGAUAAAUAGGUACCGCUCCAGCGGGAAGGUAAACAGCAUUUCCAUGCGCUGCUCUGGUUCACCAGAAGCGGCUUAGUCAUGCUGGCCACAUGACCCGGAAGCUGUCUGCGGACAAACGCCGGCUCCCUUGGCCAAUAAAGCAAGAUGAGCGCUGCAACCCCAGAGACAGUCACGACUGGAUCUAAUGGUCAGGAGUCCCUUUACCUUUAAUAUAUCAGUACAAAUUGUCCUUAUUUAUCAGGCGAAGACUCUGCAUUGUAUACAACGCUGCACAAGCUGAGUUUUGCUCUUACAACAGGACUGCCGUUUCUUCCCAUCCCAGUGUGUGCUACCCAAAUCUGCUCUUUGUGUGUGUGUGGGUGUCCUCCAAUCCCCUGGAGUAGAUUUUGAGGGGAUGGAGGGAAGGGGAGUUGAAGAAGACGGUCUCUUGCAUGAACAUAUGAAGUAGUUGCAGCAUUGGAUCACACCUCUUGUGUUCUGAUACCCACCUGUGCAAACAGUACUGUUAUAAAAGGGGUGGGGGGACUUGUGGCUCCUCAGAUGUUGCUGGACUUCCAGCUCCAACCACCCCUGACCACUGAGUUGUUCUGUCUGGGGCUGGAAGGAGUUGAUGGCAGCUGGACCACUGGUUCCUCAUCCCUACAAUAUAUUGUUACGUCACUAGGAGGCACUGGACUACAGACAGUGGCCUCAAAGUUGGGCAGCUUUCAAAGGGGAUGAGUCAAAAUUCCUGGAGGAAAAACUUUCAGUGGGAACUAAUCAUGUAAGCCUCCUGAAUCAGAGGCAGUUGUACAACUGUACAGUAAAAACCAUUUUUAAAAGUUAACAGCAGACAUGAAUCAUGGUAGAAAUACGUGUUCUUAAUUGCCUGCAUAGGCCUGGAGGAAUAGCAAAGUUCCCAGCAGGCGUUUAGAAGUUGAAACGUUUGAAAUAUUUAUUAAAACCACCCUUCCUCCAAAGGUGUUUGGGGAGACAUAAAACAAAUAUAUAUAAAUAUCAUAACACAAACCGUAUAAGCAGGAUGCCUCUGAAUGUUGAUAACUGGAGGGCGGCAGCAGGGGGCGCCGUUGUGCUCAUACACUGCUUGGGGGAUUCCUAGGGGAAUCUGGUUGGUCAGUAUGGGAAAUGGGAUGUAGGGUCUAGGCAGGCCUUUUUUCUUAUCUAGCUAAAGGAUCUCCUUUCUUUUUUACAUAACUGACCAAAAAAAAUUUGAUGUUUUACAAAGGGACGCUUGCUUUAUCACCAUAUAUGAUUAACAUUCCCCUCCCGCUUUUGAGUUUGCUAAUACAUAUGAUAUUAAUACUAUUAUAAUACUAUUAUAUGCUACUAUAUAAUACUAUUAUAACACUAUAAUACUAUUAAUACUUGUAAUAAUGCAAGCGUACAAUACAAGCGUCCCCUCACUUACGCAGCUCCCACACGCCUAAGUGAAAUCACGCCAAGUGAGGAGCACCCUCUAAACACCCUCUCUGUUGCUCUCUUCAAUCUAUACCAAAAAUACUGUAUCCAAAAUUAUCUGCAACUAGAAUUGAAGCUCUGGGGCCGGCAGGAGGCCAGAGGACGUGUGGGAAAGAGGCUGUGGCAGCUGCGCUACCCCGCACAUCAGCUGUUAGGCAGGGAGGCUGAGCAGUGCAAACAAAGCCCUGCUGCACCUCUGGUCUCUUCGGGGCUUCCUCUGCCCCCACUGACAUCUUCUUCAGGCUCCAGGGAGGGUCUCCUCGCAAGCCACAAGGACUCUCCAGCUCUCUCCCGCCGUUUCCAGGCUUGGAUCGAAUUAUUUCAUUUCUUUCCCAGUGCCGUGAACAUAAGCCGGCGUGUGUAAGCGCAGGGGGCAGGGGCCUGUAGUCACCAAUGUAUUUCUGAUGGCUUGAUGAACUUACUCACAACCCUGGUAUUCAAAAUAAAACCAUAAAGCUUAAAAAAAUAUCUCAGCCCAUUCAGUGUUUCGGCCAAGGACACAGCCCCUUCGAUUCUUCCUUUUGUGUCAGAUGGCAAAGUAACAAGGAAGACUUCCGUAGAUUAAACCAGGGGUGGGGAGCUGGAUUAUGAGCUUUGAUAGGUGUGGGUGGCUCUGGCCACCUAUCAUUCACCUGGUCUUACAAUGACAUCCGGUGACCUUUUUGACCUGCUGAUGGUCAGGGUCUUGUGAAGCCCCUUUCAAAGCACUAUCUUUGAUCCCAGGCACCUCCAGGCAAGGGGAUGGAAGCUUUCCCUCUUUGGAAAGCCGGAGAGCUGCUGUCAGCCAGUGUGGACAUUACUGAGCAAGAUGGACCAAUGGUCUGACUCAGUGGAAGGCAGCUUCCUAUGUUCCUAUCUCGGCUUAUAAAGCCAAGUUAAGAUUGUCCGGAUGCGGCCGCUGCGAGGAGCCUUGAAAACUGAAGGCGCCAUAUGAGCUGCUCCUCAGAUCAGCGGUGGAACGAGGCAGCCAUUUCCAUCCAGUAAUGCGUUUGUCACAAUCAGUUUUGCUACAGGUCAGCUUCCGCCAAAACCUAAAUUAUUUGUCUCAUUAGCCACUGUUUCUGAAACUAGCGUUAUUUGUGUAAUUAAGCACUUCAGUGGAGGAGAAACAUAAAAACCAAUGCAGUAAAUAAUGUAAUUAUUUGCAUAGCGUUUGCGGACUAAAACAACAACAACACCCAAUACCAUGCAUAUUCGAUCGGGCAGUUUCCAAUACUGACCUCCGUCAAUGGUCUGCAAUUUGCGUUCCUGUUUCCAUUUCCCCUCAUUCCAGGAAUUUGAAAUUUGAAAAAUUCAAUGCGCCCCAAGUCUUACUGUCUGCUGUGGCAAAGUUACUAACUUACAAAAGUUCAUGUAAGUUAUGUUGACGUUAUGUUAUUCCAACCCGUUUGUUUCUUUUUUAUAUAUAUAUAAGAUAUUUAUUAAGAUUUUCAGAAAAUUACAAUAUAAAAAUGAAAAAGAAAAAGAAAAUACAAAGUUACAAUAUAAAAAUGAAAAAGAAAAAGAAAAUACAAAAUAAAGAUGAUUAAAAACCACUCAAUUUUUCCAUUACUUAUUUUUCCUUAGCUUGUUUCCCGGACCUCCUCCUACCUCCCUUUUUUGUAUUCCAGUUCAAUUUGUUGGUUCAGCAAAUCCUUACCCUCUUUAUUUAUCCUAAUCUUUGGUCUUAAAAUAGUAACGUUAGAUUUUUACCUAUUAACAACCCAUUUUUCAUAUUCCCUUAAAGCAUUACAGCUGGAAACCACUUAAUUCUAUCCAACAUCAUUCUAACAUUCAUUAAUUUUACAAUAUUUCUGUAGAUAGUCUUUGAAUUUCUUCCAGUCUUCUUCCACCGACUCUUCUCCCUGGUCUCGGAUUCUGCCAGUCAUUUCUGCCAGUUCCAUGUAGUCCAUCAGCUUCAUCUGCCAUUCUUCCAGAGUGGAUAGAUCUUGUGUCUUCCAAUACUUUGCAAUGAGUAUUCUUGCUGCUGUUGUAGCAUACAUAAAAAAAGUUCUGUCCUUCUUUGGCACCAAUUGGCCGACUAUGCCUAGGAGAAAGGCCUCUGGUUUCUUCAAAAAGGUAUAUUUAAAUACCUUUUUCAAUUCAUUAUAUAUCAUCUCCCAGAAAGCCUUAAUCCUUGGGCACGUCCACCAAAGGUGAAAGAAUGUACCUUCCGUUUCUUUACAUUUCCAGCAUUUGUUAUCGGGCAAAUGAUAAAUUUUUGCAAGCUUGACUGGGGUCAUGUACCACCUGUAUAUCAUUUUCAUAAUAUUCUCUCUUAAGGCAUUACAUGCCGUAAACUUCAUACCUGUGGUCCAUAACUGUUCCCAGUCAGCCAUCAUUAUGUUAUGUCCAACAUCUUGUGCCCAUUUAAUCAUAGCAGAUUUCACCGUUUCAUCCUGAGUAUUCCAUUUCAACAACAAGUUAUACAUCUUUGACAAAGUCUUAGUUUUGGGUUCUAACAGUUCUGUUUCUAAUUUUGAUUUUUCCACCUGGAAACCAAUUUUCUUGUCCAAAUUAUAUGCCUCCAUUAUCUGAUAAUAAUGAAGCCAGUCUCGCACUUUGAUUUUUAAUUUCUCAAAACUCUGCAAUUUCAGUCUAUCUCCGUCUUGUUCCAAAAUUUCCCAAUAUUUCGGCCAUUUGGCCUCCAUAUUGAGCUUUUUCAGAGCUUUUGCUUCCAUCGGUGACAACCACCUUGGGGUUUUAUUUUCCAAUAAGUCCUUAUAUCUUAUCCAGACAUUAAACAAUGCUUUCCUGACAAUAUGGUUUUUAAAUGCUUUAUGUGCUUUGACCUUGUCAUACCACAGAUAUGCAUGCCAUCCAAAUACAUUGUUAAAACCUUCUAGAUCCAAAAUGUCAGUGUUUUCAAGAAGCAACCAUUCUUUCAACCAGCAAAAAGCUGCUGAUUCAUAGUAAAGUUUAAAGUCUGGCAGGGCAAAUCCACCUCUUUCCUUUGCAUCUGUUAAUAUUUUAAAUUUUAUUCUAGGCUUCUUGCCCUGCCAGACAAAUCUAGAAAUAUCUCUCUGCCACCUCUUGAAACAGUCCAUUUUGUCUACAAUUUGCAAUGUUUGAAACAAAAACAACAUUCUAGGCAAUACAUUCAUUUUUACCGCAGCAAUACGGCUCAGCAGUGAAAGCUUCAAAUUUGACCAAAUUUCUAAAUCUUUUUUCACUUCAGCCCAGCAUUUUUCAUAGUUGUCUUUAAAUAAAUUCCCAUUUUUUGCUCUCAUGUUAAUCCCCAAGUAUUUAACUUUCUUAACCACUGUUAAACCUGUCUCAUUCUGAAACCUCUCUCUCUCCAUUGGUGUUAAAUUUUUCUCUAAAACCUUAGUCUUUAACUUAUUCAAUUUAAAUCCUGCAACUUGACCAAAAGUACUCUUUUAGUACUAGAUUCUGGCUCCUGUAACGUCAAUACUAAGUCAUCCACCCCGUUUGUUUCAGCGCAAAGGAAACACAAUGCAUUUGGGGAACGGGAAUAAGCACAAUCAAUUAUGUAUCGUUUGCUUAUGAUUUGCAUGUGCCAAAUAGAUUGAUUUCUCUUUGCGAAACCUGGGGUGCCUGGGUCCAUGCUACAAAUUAUAGGGAGACCUAAUGAAAACGAAAGCUUCUUCUUUAGAAAGAUGCAUAUUAACACAGGAGACUGAAAUAAUCACAGAAUUUGGCAGAGGCUGGUUUCCUGCCCUCGGGCACCACGGCACUCGCGUGAACCCCGUGUCCCUUACCAGCGAGGCCAAGUCCGCCCCCACAUUCCCCCCGCCUGUUGCAACCCGGCCCACGAAAACAGGUCAGGGGAGGUUUGAGGGAGCUCCUGCAAUCCUCAGCCCGCUGAAGAGGGGUGGAGGCUGCGAGGAAGGAAUGUUCCCCAACUGCCUGCCUGCCUGCCUACUCUUUAAGUACCAGGAAGGAUCCUGAAGGGAAUAAAGCACGAUUCCCUCUCAGAGCUGCGGCGAGAGCAACUGGAGCAGCCUUCUCGGCACUUCCGAGUGCCGAGGCCACAUGAGGAUUUUUAGACCCUGAGAAAGUUUGGCUCUGCUGACACCCAAAGGCCCUUGAUAUGAUCUAGGGUAAGUCUGGAGAUGCUUCUGGGGUUGCGGCUGUCCGAUGGGAAAUUUGGUAGGACCUCAGAUACACCUGGCCACAUAUGCCCUUUGGGCGAGUGAAUGCAGCCGGCCAUUUAAGCGAGGCGUCACCCUCGGAGGGCGAAAGGGCUGGUCAUCCAAUUUGGCAGAGUGACGUGCCCACCCUCAGGCACAGUUUGUGGUGCUGUCCAGAAAGGCGUGAAUAAUCGGUUAUUAAGGGCGUCCUAUAUUUUACCUAGGGAUGCGGGUGGCGCUGUGGGUUAAACCAUAGAGCCUAGGACUUGCUGAUCAGAAGGUCGGCGGUUCAAAUCCCCGCAACGGGGUGAGCUCCUGUUGCUCGGUCCCAGCUCCUGCCAACCUAGCAGUUCGAAGGUAAAUCAAAAUGCAAGUAGAUAAAUAGGUACCGCUCCGGCGGGAAGGUAAACGGCGUUUCCGUGCGCUGCUCUGGUUCGCCAGAAGCGGCUUAGUCAUGCUGGCCACAUGACCCGGAAGCUGUACACCGGCUCCCUCGGCCAAUAAAGCGAGAUGAGCGCCGCAACCCGAGUUGGCCAUGACUGGACCUAAUGGUCAGGGACCCCUUUACCUUUACCUAUAUUUUACCACUGGAAGUGGAUACACCACUCGGGCAGGAGGACUGUCACCAAAAUGUAAUGGAGAAGGGGCCUCUGGGUAAGGUGGUUGUUCACGCCACGCUGGCAAACGGCAAAGCCAAUUUUAACAUGCUCUAGCUGCUUCCUCACAUUUCCGGCCAGGCGCUGAGAGGUGGCAGAAUUUUGCCCACAAGACCAGAAACACGGAGCAGUAAAUUCCCCUUGCUCUUUUCGGCAAGAUGGCACAGGGCGACCAGAUUACCACUGCAUGGGAGUUACUAUACGAUACGAUAAUCUUUACUGUCAUCGUCCCAUACAGAACAACGAAAUUGAAAAUCAGACAUUCAGAAACCAAUAAGCCUGUUAUCCCAGCUAUCCCAGCCUGGUUAGCCCCCUAAAAACUCUGAGACCCCAUAAUAUACUCCCAUAGUACUCCCAUAGAGACUACCUUACACUGGGUGUAAAUGGUCAUCUUUUUGCACCCAGCUGUGACCUUGGCUUGCAGGUUAGGCUGCUGCUGCUGCUACUGCUGGCAAAAUGGCUUUUUCUUUCCAGGUGUCCUCCACACCUCAGCCAACCGCAGCUCCCAUUAACUUGUGAGCAAGGUCAUAGAAUCGCAGAGUCGGAAGGGACCACGGUGGUCAUCUAGUCCAACCCCCUGCAAUCUUUCGCCCAAAGCGGGGCUCGAACUCACAGCCCCUGGAUUAAGAGCCUCAUGCUCUACCAAUUGAGCUAAAUGAAAUGAAGUUUCCCCAGCCAGUAACGUGGGGGUGGGGAGAGGCUUCACCUGCUGUAUUUCUGCCUGUCCCACAGCUGUUUAAAAGCACAGGCCAGCCUGAAUAACGGCUAAGUCUGAGCCACUCACCGGGUGCUUGUAGAGCCAGGUAUGCAAAUGUAAUAUUUGUUAUUUGUGUAUUCUGAAUGUUUCCUUGCCGUUUUUCAACCACGCUAGCAGUAGAGGGCAGCAGAGGAGGAUGAGAAAGCAGGAAAUUCUCUCUUAAUCGAUAAGCUCUCGUCACUGGUAAUUAAAAUCCUGGCGUCCCAUAAUGGCCCUGAAAACUGGGACGCCUCCUCCGCAGCCUUAGUCAUGCUCCAUUCUUCCCAGCUGGAAAGGAAAGACAGCAGCUGAGGAGUGUGGCUGCCACACCUGAUUUUCUGAGUGUUUUUCUGUCAGUCUGUAGCAUUUCCAGCUGGUGCGGUUAAUUACGCCUUUGCAUCCUUUUACAUCACCCAGCUCUGAUGAGGCCUGCCCACUCUGAGCGCUUAAUACUUCUUUUGCCUUUUCCCUUCUCCUUACCCUUUUCCCUUCUGCUCCUAACAGGAGCAUAAGAGCCGUACUUCAUUAGACCGAUGUCCCCAUCAGUCCCUGUUUCCUGCUUCCAACAGUGGUCAGCUGGUUUUCUUUCUCUCUUUUUUCUCUAGUUUUUUUUUUAUUGGUUUUCAAAUUAUUAUAGAACCACAGAGACAAACAAUUAAAACAAACGAACAAAACCCAUAAUAUACCGUAUUUUUUGCUCUAUAAGACUCACUUUUUCCCUCCUAAAAAGUAAGGGGAAACGUGUGUGCAUCUUACGGAGCGAAUGCAGGCUGCGCAUCUAUCACAGAAGCCAGAACAGCAAGAGGGAUUGCUGCUUUCACUGCGCAGCGAUCCCUCUUGCUGUUCUGGCUUCUAAGAUUCAGAAUAUUUUUUUUCUUGUUUUCCUCCUCCAAAAACUAGGUGCGUCUUGUGGUCUGGUGCGUCUUAUAGAGCGAAAAAUACGGUAUCCAACCGUGCGUUAAUACGCACACAUAAACUAAGCGUAUUAACUAGUAACACCUAAUUUAAGAUCAUGACGUACUUGAAAACCUGAAACUAAAACGAUAUGUCAUAAAGUCCCACAAUGUUGAGUAGAAAUGAACAGAAUCUACCUGUCCCUUAGAGACCUGUAACCUAUGCGCUAUUUUAUCAGCAAAAACUGAAUUCAAGAUAUUUUUAUACUGUAAUGAUAUAAUCAGAUUUUUCCAUUGUUGUGCCAUAGAGAUUCUGGCAGCUGCGGGCACCCAUGUCAGAAGUUCAUUUUGGUGAAAUGUCCACAUAGUAUCUGUCCACAUAUUUAUUAGGGCUAACUGAGGAGAAAUUGAACGUGUGUUUUAAUCAUCUUUGAUGUCUCCUGGUAGAUUUCAUUACAGAAUAAGGCACCCUUUGGGCAUUCCCAACAGAGAUGGAAAAAGUCCCUUUAUCCCCACAGCCUCUCCAACUAUUUGGUGAUGUAUUGCAAGCAAUAUAAGAAAGUUGAAUGGGUAUACAAUGUAUAAGAUUUAAGGAACAUUCUCUCACAUGUGCAGAUACAGUGGUACCUCGGUUUAAGAACAGUCCUGUUUACGAACAAUUCAGUUUACGAACAUUUCGGUUUACGAACAUUUCGGUUUACGAACUCUGCAAAACCGGAAGUAGUGUCCCAGUUUGCAAACUUUACCUCAGUCUAAGAACGGAAUCUGGAGGUGGGAGGCAUGCCUCGGUUUAAGAACGGUUUCGGUUUAAGAACGGACUUCCAGAACGGAUUAAGUUCAUAAACUGAGGUACCACUGUACUUAAUUGUGUGGCUUAUUAUUUAAGUGGGUUAAAAAACAACCCAACUAGUCUUCUAUUUGUUUUUUAAAGAUCCUCAAGGUAGCAUACAAGAAAUUAAAAAGCUACUAUAUUUUUUGGGAAAGUUGUUUCUCUGUUUGCUUUUGGACACCUCUUAAGAUAUUGUAACCCAUUUUUGCACAAUGGUUCCUGAGAUCAAGGACCAGGUUUUCUUCUGUGUUCAGAUACAAUAGGAUGCCAUUUUGAUUCAAGAUGGAGGACUGAACUUUUAGCCACUGGUUUCAAAACUGCACGGAUACGUUGGUUUCUUAGAAUUCCCAAGCCAUGCCUAUUACAAUGUUGCUAGUACACAAUAAAAUGAUGAGGUAUAGACUAAAAUGAGAAUAAAGCAGCACACAGAAUAAAACCAGCAAAUGACAUAAAAGUCAUGACACUUCAUGUCAAAGAUCAGGAAAAAUUUAUUUUAUUGGGGGGGGGGCUGGAGCCUAUAUGACAAUAGUAGUUGACAGAGGGGAAAUGUCCCUCGGGAGGGAAUUCCAAAGCCAGGGAGCUACCACAGAAAAGGUCCCGUCUCUCCUGUAAUCACCUGCUUAAUCUCUGGUGACGAGGGAACUUGGGCAAGGGCCUCCGUUGCUGAAAAGCCUACAAGGCAACAGGCAUCCCCAUUGCUUGCUUUCAGCAUCUGGUGUUUGCAUGUUGACUGCCUCUCCGCAUGGAGGUUCCACAUGGAGUGAUCAUUGCCAAUGCAGCUGUUCAGUGGAACCUCCCGGGUGAGAUGCAGUUUACCUGUCUGAGUUGGGGACAGUUGUCACCCACCCUGUUCUGUUUAUGAGCUCUUGGUGGGGGGGACUUCACCAAUUCAGCUAGACGCUAUGUUACGUGGAUCUUUGUCUGAUCCAGCAAGGACUUCUCAUAGCCUCCGAUGUUCCUCAAAAGGAAAUCAAGCAUUUCACAAUCUGAUCUUAGUGCCUCACGGGGCCUUGCCAGGCAAUUCACAAACACAUGACGGUCUCACCACUGCGUUACUCACUGCGCGAUUGCUCCACAACGUUUUUUCACUGCACAAUAGAGAGUGCCAAGUCAUUUGAAUACCUAGUACAGCAAACUAAUUGAUUUAGGGCGCCAGCAGAUUGAAUACAAGCUUCAGAACACUCUUAAGCCUCGUAGUCACUGCCAGGCAGUGAAGUCAGCACCAAGAUAGAUGUCUGCCCUCGUAUCAGACAGUUUCCCAUCUGCCUAGCCGGCCAAGUCACUGCGAUCUCUUCCUUCACCUCUCGAAGGAACAAACUAACCCCCGGGACUGAGUUGUGGGUGGCCAGCCGGACGCUGCAGCAGCAGGGAAAUGACAGCUCAACUGACUUGUUUAAUUCCACGUAGAAGAAAAUGAAAAGCAGCCUCCAGCCUUUGUGGAAAUACGUAAGAUAAAUGGUGUAGUCAGGAUUCUCCUCAAGUGCCAAUAAUACAAUUAAAUAGCUUAACAAGGCCACCUGUAUUUAUGUUCCGGAAGUUCCCUGCUCCCUUAGGCACACUCAACACAAAAUUUAUGGAUAACAGGCCUUAAACGGUUGCCUGAGAUAGUGGGCUGCUUCCUUCUCAGCUUCCUUCUGAGCUGGAAGAGGCAUAAUAUUCUGCUUUAGUUGCAGGGGGUGGGCCAGAGGUGUGGGAUAAGUGUGCAUACGAGUGUCAGAUCGGCUACAGUUACACAGUCCUUGAAAGGAUGCUCACAGUAAGCGGUGGAUGAGUGACAGUUUUGGUUUCUCUCCGUUUCUCAUUUUUUAAACCUCCAGUUCCACACAUUUGCCCAUCAGGGUGCACUAAAAAAAAAAAAAAAAGCCCUAAUGAGAACUCAUCGUUUUAGUGGGAAUUUCUACUAAUAUACACAUUUUCCAAUACAAUCUUUACCAGAUAUACACUUAAAUAAAAGCAACUUCCUCAUAUAUAAUACAUUUCUGCAAAUCACUAUAUAUGAGCCAAAACCGAGGGGCAGCUUCUCCAGCCCCCUCUUGCACAGCUCCCAUUCAUUUCAGCAGGAACUUCUCAAUGGACUGUGAUGCGCAAGUCGGUGUUAGAAACGCAACAGCAGAGAUCAUUCUGCGUGCAAUUUAAGGGUUAAUUCUGUGGUACCCUCAACUAGCCGGGGGGGGCAGGAGGAGCUGUUGCUUAGCAACCAGUCAAAGUGGCAUCAUCUUUGUUGCAGUAGCACAUGCUCGGAUUGGCUGUGUAGUUCUGAGGGAGAUUUAGCUCUGUGUGCUUUGUUGAAUGUCUCACUGCUUUGUACAAGGUCUAAUGUAAGGAAAACAAAACCUCUCUGUCCUUCUACACCGGUGUUUUCUGUUUGUUUGUUUGUUUGUUUUCCAGUUCCCUCAGUAAAGUGUUAUCAGGACUUCUUUUCUCUCUGGACCCCGCCCGCGUUAUCUAAGUGACUUUGCUAACCGCCCGCGCUGCCUUUUCCCCAAUCUGCCAGCGCCGCUCUUAAUGACACCCAGUAUUCCUUGCCUUAGCCAGAGGCAGCCCUCCUAUAUCUUAAGACCCCAGGAUCCUUCUCCAGACGUUUGGAAAGGCCUCGCUGCCUUGAGAGAUCUCAGAGCCUUUGCUCCUUUCUGCAUCCUAUCCGUUCCUUCUCUUCGUCACAAAAUAGAGCACACAAAAAAAACCAGAUCUCUGCAAAGCUCCGCAGGACUCCCAAGGCCUGGGAACGAAGCCCAUCCUAGGAAGAAGCAUCCCAUUUGGGGAAAAGAGAAUUCCAGAAGUUUCCAGACUUGUCCAUAACUUAGGCCAGGUUUUGGCUAUCUUUGCCACAUGCAAUUCACGCCUUACACUAUCAAAUGUUUGCCCAGAGUCCAGGUACAUCCCGUCUUCUCACCCAAUUUUCUUUUUGUUUGAGGGUGGGGGGGUGCGGCAAAGUAAUAGGAGAAUCGUGACAAGCUUUUCUUCCCAUGUUUGCUUUUAAACCAUGUUCUCAGGGAGGUAUGGGUGGUACUUGUUUUCUAAAAGGGCAAAUUCCAGGCCUUAAUUCUAAGUAUGUUUUGGGAGUGGGGCCAGUGGCAGUUGUUGAAGGGUGAGAGAAAGGCUCUCUGUACAUGCACGUGGGGACCUUUAUUUAUUAUAGACCAUUAAUUGAAACAUAUCUCAUUAAAUGGGAAUAAAAUGGAAUGGAUGUGGCCUAAAGGAGGAGGCAGGGCUUCUAAGUCUGGUAGUACCAGGGAGAGUGAUGGCUGCUUAUAUGGCUGGGUCGGAUUCUGUCAGGCUCUUCUCGUUAAGUUUAUAUGUAUAAGUUCCACUAUUGUUAAGUUCCAAUGUCUUCGUUCAAACCCAACCAUGACAGAUGCCAUUGUGGCUCCGCUCCUCACCCAACUCAACUCCCUUCUGUCCCCAAGUCCUUCUCAAAGGGCUAGUAUUUUUUAAAUCAAAAGCCGAGCUGAGAGUAGCUAUUUUGAAGAAAGGACGACCGCCCACGGCAGUCUCCCUCAAAAAGGACAUUGCAUUUGUCAUUUGCCUAUUUGCCAUUUGCCAAAAGCUCUCUUCCUCUCAGACUUCAUAUUUUCUGUUGAAAGGCAGCGGUGUUGGCUGCUAGUUCUAAUCCUGGACCAGAUUUCCUUUAGUCUCGCUCGGACUUUUGAGUUGGCGACUCCAGGCGGGUUCUUGUCCUUGGGGGGCUGGAUUUGGGCCCCGGGGUGUCCAGUUGCCGAUUCUCUCCUUUAACGGGUUUGAAUUUUUGCAAGCAGAGCAUAAUAUAACCAGAGAAACUCCCAAGGCACUCCGCUGUGCCCCCCCCCCGGUAGAAAGGAGAUGAAAGCAGGCAGCAAAUGACAUUCAACAAAUACUUUGCUUGCUUUCCGUAAUACAUCGGCUCUCCUAAAUGCACCAGCCUUUUUUCAAGGUAUUGUUUAAAAAGAAAAAGGCUCUCUCUAGUUGAUACGAGAGCAGGGUUGUGCGGCCUUCCUUGACUCAGCCCUCCUCCGUCACAUUCCCACCUCUUCAAAAACCAGUCACCAACCACUUAAUGCGCUGCAAAGCCAUUAUCUUCCUCAGGUGACUGAGAUAUUUGUCUUGCUAAUUUGUUUUGUUGGUAUGCGAAGGCAGAUUUCAGGAUGCGUUCCAACUUUUUGCCACGCCUGCUGGAUAUUUCGUUCCGCUCGGUUUUUAACCUUGGGUAGACUGAGGAAACGCGUGCCGUCGUUUCUGUCUCAUCGGCUGUACCUGCCCAGACAGGUACAUCGCCGCAUUGCUUCCUUUGGGCUUUUUGACAACAAUUCCACCACCCCCAAAAAAACCCCAAAAAUCUGGUGGGGAAGAGGGAGAGAAUUACAGCCACAGUGGGACACUGACACAACUGCCUGAAAUACAGUUUUGGAAAAGAAGUUUAGCUGCCUAAGGCAACUGCUGAGACCGGUCUCUUUCUCUCUUGCAGGGUCCCAACUAUCUGGGGACUCUGGUGAGUUUGCCUCCUGCAGCUCCACCACCUCCACUUCCAGCUCCAGCUCCAGCUCCUACUCCAGCUUCACCUCCGGCUCCAGCUCCACCUCCUGCUCCUGCUCUAGCUCUAGCUUUAGCUCCAGCUCCACCGAUGAGCUGCUGCAAUGACGAGAUCACCAGGUUGCAUCGCUGCGAAGAUCACCAUGACGGAGGCUGCCCAUGCUCUGGCGAGGGCUCGCAUUGCUCGAACGCAGAAUGCCACAGCCGGAAAGGUAAGCCCUUUCCUGACUCACGGCAGCUGGGUUUGGGUGUAGUAUGGGAGAGCGGGUCAGGUCAUUCCGUUUAUUUAUUGUUGCGUUCGUACCCCGCCUGUGCUCUAAGGUACGUGUUGAGCUCAGGUGCCCGUGGUUCUCCCUUGCCCGGGUUUAUUAUCACAACGACCCUGCGAGGUAGGUUCGGCUGAGAGGAGGUGACUGGCCCAAGGCCACUCAGUGAGCUUCGUGGCGGACAGGGGGUUUCAAACUAGGUACCCCAGGUUUAAAUCCCGUUGGCUCCCCAUUAAAAGGUGUGUUAAAAGAAACAGUAUACCGUAUUUUUCGCUGUAUAAGACGCACCAGACUAUAAUUAUGGACGCACCUAGUGUUUGGAGGAGGAAAACAAGAAAAAAAAUAUUCUGAAUCUCAGAAGCCAGAACAACAAGAGGGAUCGCUGCACAGCGAAAGCAGCAAUCCCUCUUGCUGUUCUGGCUUCUGGGAUAGCUGUGCAGCCUGCAUUCGCUCCAUAAGACGCACACACAUUUCCUCUUACUUUUUAGGAGGGAAAAAGAGAGUCUAAAAAUACGGUACUCUAAAAAUUGGAAUGGUAGGAAUUGUUUUCGAAUUUCAUCUUCCAAUUGUUAAAUCUGAGCAUCAACAGGACUUCUGUUCUUCAUUUUUUGGAACAAAACGUGUAUCACUUUACCACUUUCUUCAGAUCCCCAACAAUAGUUUUCUUAAACAGAAACUGAAAAAAAGUUGUUUAUACAGUAGGCUUCCCACUCACCACCUGAAUUAAAAAAAUAAUAAUAAUUCUCAGAAGGUUAACUGCCAAUUAGAACUUUUGUUUUGUUGCAGCGAACAAUUCCUGUAAGUAGGAAGUUAAUUAGUGCUUACUUCCGAAACAUAUUUGAAUAGUUAUUUCAUUAAUUAGCAUAAUAUGUCAAGCCUUCAGUUGCUUAACAACUUCUCCUUCUUUUUCAAAUACUUUGCAACAAGCAUUAGGGCUGCCAUUCAGAAGUUAUGAAUUAAUUGCUAGAUUUUGCUUCCUGAUGUGGCGCUUCAGGUUAUUUCAGAAACAAACUCAGGGAUAAGUUACUGAAUCCAACUGCCAUCGUUUGAACAGCUCAACAAUUCUCUUUGCAGAUUUCCUAAGAACAUUUUUUCUAUGUUAAUUACUUUACACCUUCAACAAUUCCCCAUCACAUAAGGAAAAAAAAGUCCUUGCAUCUAGCAUGGAUGCGAUACCCUUGGGAGUAAUAUCUUUUAAGGAAUAUUAAUAAAGCAGCCCCAUUUUUAUAAAUUUAAUGCCAUGCUUGCACUUAAAAAUCUUGUUCUUAGAUCUAUUUCUUUUUAUAUUUAUUUUCACAAGAUCCUCAUUAAGAAAAAAAAAUUUCAAAAAAAAGAAGCAGCCCUUCAUCAUUUGAAUUCAUAGCUGUAAUUACUGUAUUCAUUUGUGAGCCACUUCCUGGUCAGUUAGACCCUUCUUUGAAGCCUAUACCUCAAAUCCCUAAUGUGAAAGAAAGGUUGAUGUUCCUGCACUUGAAUUUUGCAUUAUUUCUGCUUGAUUUAAAAAAACAACAGCAGAAACUGAAGCCCAGUUCUGACACGGUCAUGGGUUAUGCUACUUCAGACUACAGAUAGGGGCACAUAUAAAUAAAUGCACUACAUGGGGAGGGGGGGAAAUCCUUGCACAAAAAACCUAGCCUAAGCUUCCCCUGACAUUCUGAUUUUGUGUGUGGAGGGAAUUAUUGCUAUGGAAGAGGAUUCAGUAGUGUGAAGCUUUUCCUGCAGUUUAGAAUGGUACAGACCAGACUCCAUACACAGACUUGACUUUAGCCAGUUCUUAUGCACUAAAGUUCCUAUUUCUUUGAGGAACAACAGGCUCCAUCUGGAAAAAAACGCAGGAGGAAAUUGGCGAUUGUGGAACAUUGCAUUUUAUUUUGACAACAGCCCUGUGAGGUAUGUUAGGCCGAGGUGUGGUGCGUGGCCCAAGGCCACCAGCAAGAAUCAUGACUGGAUGAGGGGAAGGAUUUGAACUCAAGAUCUACCCUGUCGAAGUCCAGCACUCUGUUAAUUUAGGGUCUGUCUUAAAACAUGCCUUGGCCUGAAAGAACAUGAGACAUCCGCUUUGUUGAAGCUAAGCAGUUUUGGGUCUGGAUGGAAAGCCUUCCUUGCUAUUUUAUUAUUUUCAUCACGAAAGUGAGACAGAAUAUAUGGGUGUUUUCCACCAGUUUGGAGCGGUAGCUCUUUUUCUGAGGGGGGUGUGUGUUGCUGUUACUUUUUGCAUGCCUGUUUGCAGAGCGUUAAGGAAAUUCUGGAAUGUAGGUCACACCUGAAUAGUAGCAAUGUAAUUUAUGUGUUUUAAACCAUUACAGUGGGUGGCGUGUGCGGAAGGAAGGUCUGGAUGUUACAGGAACACCCAGGGGAGGAAGUGCUGUUGUGCUUCUUGGCAUUCUGUGGACCAGAGACGCAUUUCACUCCCGCCAGGGCAUACCCUGUUGGUGCUUUACUACCCACUGCCAACCCUCAAGUAUGCAAAAAUAGGCUUGGAUGCACGUGGACUAUUGCUCUAGGGCGGUUCAUAAAAAACUUUUUUUAAAAAAAUGCCUGCUCCAAAGGUCUUAUCUUACUACAGUGGUGCCCCGCAAGACGAAUGCCUCGCAAGACGGAAAACCCGCUAGACGAAAGGGUUUUCCGUUUUUGAGUUGCUUCGCAGGACGAAUUUCCCUAUGGGCUUGCUUCGCAAGACGAAAAUGUCUUGCGAGUCUUGAGAUUUUUUUUCCGCUUUCCCCCCCUUUAUCUAAGCCGCUAAGCCUUUAAUAGCCUUUUAGCAGCUAAUCCGAUAAGCCGAUAAGCCUUUAAUAGCCGCUAAACCGCUAAUAGCACUAAUCCGUUAAGCCGCUAAUAGGGUUGCUUCGCAAGACGAAAAAACCGCUAGACGAAGACUCUCGCGGAACGGAUUAAUUUCGUCUUGCGAGGCACCACUGUACUUACUUACUAGGGAUUAUAUAGCUAUAUCUGAAAAUUAAUACUGUACUUGACUGGUUUUCUAGAGCUCAUCAUUAUUUUCAUUCCUUUUGCAACAUUUUGCAUGAAGCGAGUUUUACCUUGAUGUUGCUUGAGCAAGCAAUGUGCAUGAGCAGGAUGCUUCAUUUUUGGUAAACGAGGAGUCAGACUGUAAAAGGAUUGUUGCUGCAACAGCCACUGCUGGCCCAUAUACCGGACUUAACUGGUCCUCUAGCGUUCAUCAUUAUUUUCACUCCAGACAUAUCUGAAAUUUCAUGCAUAUCAGUUAAUAUCUUGACCCUCCUCCACGAAAAUAGCUGUUUACUUGGCCGUUUUCCUACGUCGUGAAGGCUGAAAUUUCAAUUCAGUGGAGCAGGGUCAAGAUAUUAACUGAUAUGCAUGGAAUUUCAGAUAUAGCUAUAUAAUCCCUAGUGUAGUGUGAUAAGACCUUUGGAGCAGGCAUUUUCAAAAAUAUAUACAUUUAUGAACCGCCCUACUAUUGCUCUGUGGUACAGCAGGUACUUUAUGUACCGAAAGCCCCAGGUAUGACCCCCAGGUAGAACUGGAAAAGAUUCCUGCCUGAAACCUCAGGAAGUGGGCUGCUGAUCAGCACAGAUAAUUCUAAGCUAGAUGCAGCCAAGCUAGUGGCAAACGUAUUGCUCUGAUAUAGUCAUUUGGACAGCCCUGGACCUCUAUGUACACUACCCAGGCUUGCAGCCCAAGGGGGUCACUGCUGGGCUGCUAGUACAUUUCACCCCCGGAGGCGCACUCCAUUUACUCUCAAGACAGACAGGUGCCAACCAGAUGGGCCAAUGGGAUCCACUGGUAUAAGGCACAUCCCUGUGCUCUUCUUAUAGAGAAUACCUGUGCAGCAUCAAAAGCCUGCGUGGCUGGGUGGACAUGGGGAGUGUUGCGGACAGGAUAUCCCAGAGGCAGAAUGUCAGACGCCCUGCGAGGCUUCUCUUGUCCCUGAACGUCCUCAUGAUUAACAGGGCCAAGUGGGAGAUGCAACAUGAGCAAUGCACUACACCCUCUUGUGGCAUAGGAAUAUCUGGAAAUGAUGCCAAGCAGCCGGAAAUUCCAGAGCCAAUUCCGUUGUAAGGCGGAAACGCGGGAGAUUUAGGAGCCUAUCACCACGUUUCUGUCAUUGGAACGUAUCUGUGCCAUCCCCGAGUCAAAAUAAUCUUAGGGUGCUUUUGUUCUUUAAAAAUAUUUAGGGGUACAUGGACAAAAGUACAGAGAGCAUGCAUUACCUCAUGAUGGUGAAAAAUAGUAAUUUUCCUACUCAUCUUGAAAUACUGCCCCUCAGGGAGGCCAAACUUUCAUCAGUAAAACACCACACAUCCACAUUCCACACUGCUUCACACAUUAAACGCUUGCUUCUGUCUGAGAAUCAGGAAACACCAUUAAGGGAAAUGAGGCCACCAUUGGGGGUAGCAACAGAACUGACGAUUCACCAUGCUAGAGAAGAAACUAACAUAUUUUUUUUUUAAAAAAGUUUCUUCUCCUGUUAGAUUCACAAAAUGUUUAGGGGUAUGUGUACCCCUGCGUCCCCCCAGAAAAAAAGUACUGGGGCUAUGCGCCGCAAAUGACAAAAAUUGUAAUGAGAAGCAAAAAUAAAACAAAAGAAGCUAUACUCUAUUUUAGUAUAUUUAUAUUUAGUGUAUUUUAGUAUAUCUAAGUUUUUAAAUAUAUAAAUAUAAAGUUUUAAUAUUUACUUUUAGCAGAAGUGGAUUUGCUGCAGUAAGGCGACAGAGUACUUUAGUUGCACAAACCUAAAUUUCUGAUAUGCACUUGAAUCCGCUCUGCAAAGUACUGACUGCCUGGAGGCAAUAUUCAUCCUGGUCCUGAAUUUUGAACCAGGAAUUGUCUAACCACAUGUGUCCCUUGCUCACAAACCUCACAGUUGAACUCCACCCAUCGGUAAAGGUAAAGGGACCCCUGACCGUUAGGUCCAGUCACGGACGACUCUGAGGUUGCAGCGCUCAUCUUGCUUUAUUGGCCGAAGGAGCUGGCGUACAGCUUCCGGGUCAUGUGGCCAGCAUGACUAAGCCGCUUCUGGCGAACCAGAGCAGCACAUGGAAACGCCAUUUACCUUCCCUCCGGAGCGGUACCUAUUUAUCUACUUGCACUUUGACGUGCUUUUGAAUUGCUAGGGUGGCAGGAACAGAGACCGAGCAACGGGAGCUCACUGAACUCCACCCAUCGGUACACAACCUAAUUAUGCUGGAGAAGAAAUCUCCAAGAGUCUCUAACAAUUAAGGGACUUUAAAGCUCACCUCAGCUUCCUGUUCAGUCACUGAAUAGGCAAAUAAAAAGACUUAUAAAAAGCGCUUACAGUUGCCAUUAAUUCCACUGAAUAAUUAUCUAAGUUUCCAAGACAGUGAUGAGGAUUCUUUUUUAAGAGUCCUGUAAAAAUGGUUCCUCCAUGCUGAUUUGUGGGCCCAGGAAACAGGUGUGAAUGGAAUAGGGGCUAUCCAGCGUUCCCAAUACAACUUCAUUUACCGGUACCCUUCUCUUUCAUCUUUGUAUUUUAAUAAAACAUUCCAGCAACCUAACUACCGUGCUUGCUCUCACUUAGCCAUUACGGUCCUACCUCCUUUGGUCAGAGGGCCUGGGGCUGGCUAAAUGGGGGACACAAAAGCUGUUAUGCACGUAGCCUUAAUCAUAAGAGUGCAACUGGCACUUUACUGAAUUGAGAGUCAAAUAAGAAACUGAAAGUAAAAGUGCAAAGUAGGUUACAAUUUAAAAGGAACAGUAUUGGGGAGCAGUGUUCGUCCAGUGUCACAUUUUUCUACAAUAUCCCCUUAACCAUGACAUUAGCAAUAAGGUUUGCCAGAUGAAACCUUGGAGGAGCUCAGUGUUUGAAAUUAGCCAGGCGCCAGGAGCAUUUUGCACCUGGCUUUCAACCACUUGUAACCAAGUGAAGAUGCCUGGGAGACAGGAAUGAUGGUGCCUGACAUCUUUACUGAUCUGGCCUGUUUUCACACACUAAUACUAAAUCCUUCGAAGACAGAGGUCCUGUGGCUGGGACGGGACGAUAUGGGAUUGGGAUAUAAUCUUCGACACCUCCCUUUCCAUGGAGGCGCAGAUUGCAGCUAUAACAAAGGUGGCAUUUUUCCACUCCGCCAAGCUAAGCAGUUGGCUCCUUACCUCUCUCGCCCUGACCUAGCCACUGUGAUCCACGCGACGGUCACCUCCAGACUGGAUUGUUGUAACUCGCUCUACAUGGGGCUGCCCUUGAGACUGACCCAGAAACUCCAGCGGGUGCAGAAUGCUGCAGCGAGACUCCUUACGGGGUCUUCGCUGCGAGAUCACAUUCACCCAGUGCUAUACCAGCUGCACUGGCUCCCAGUGGAGUACAGGAUCAGGUUCAAGGUGCUGGUUUUAACCUUUAAAGCCCUAUACGGCCUAGGACCCUCGUACCUACGGGACCGCCUCUCCUGGUAUGCCCCACAGAGAAACUUACGGUCUUCAAAUAAAAACAUAUUGAAGGUCCCAGGCCACAGAGAAGUUAGGCUGGCCUCAACUAGAGCCAGGGCUUUUUCGGCUGUAGCUCCGAUCUGGUGGAACAAUCUGUCACAAGAGACCAGGGCCCUGCGGGACUUGACAUCUUUCCGCAGGGCCUGCAAGACAGAGCUGUUCCACCAGGCCUUUGGCCAGGGCACAGCCUGACUCCCUCCCUCGGCAAUCUUCACGGAGCUCUGGCCCAAUGGUUGCCAGUGGCUUGAUUUGAAAUAAUUUUAUAAUGAAUGAUUUUAGAGUGUUGUUUGUGUUGUACUUUUGUACUGUUUUAUUGUUGUUAGCCGCCCUGAGCCCGGCUUCGGCUGGGGAGGGCGGGAUAUAAAUAAAUUAUUAUUAUAUUAUUAUUAUUAUUAUUAUUAUUAUUAUUAUUAAUACCCCAAUUUGCAGAAUUCUAUCAAUUGUAUUUUAUCUACACAAUCAGAAUGAAUUUCUCAAACCAAAAUGCUUUUUCUGUGCAGCCUGAGCAGGAACAGUCACUUUUAAGCAAAGGGGGUUGGAAAAGGCCAAUAUAUAUGUGGACUAUCCCUGGAUCAAGUGACUUUUAUUCUUUAAAGUUCUCAGAGUUCUUAACCAAGCUCAAGGUUGUCCUCUGAACUAGUCAUACAGUCAAUCAUAGUCAAUCCAUCAAAUGGCAACUAGAUAUUCUGUUCUGGCGACUGUAACCUUGGUUUAAGGAGACAUUUGGCACCUAGCUUAUAUAUCUGAGUUUCUAACACUGCAGAAGCUGCUUUGGAAGGGGGCAGGUUUCAUCCCCGCCUUUUCUAGAACUGCAGACUUUCCUGUUCCCACAGCUACCAUUAAAACAGGCUGCCCAAUUAUGGGCACUUCCAAGCGGUCUCUAUUUUCAGCAGGGAUUCAGUUACAUACCGGCAAACUCGCGCUGCACGGUUAAAGUUGAUUUGCUGCUCUUGUGCAACAAACCUGCUUCCCUCUUCACCGCACCCAAAAUCUAACUUUUUGCACUAAGGAAAGAGUCAGCAAAAUGCACUGGGAAGUGUAGGGUAACAACUGUUUCACACAACAUCACCUACUGGUCUUCAGCUGGUCUGAUCCAAGGUGGGUUUACCAUGCAAAAUAUAUGGUAAAAAAAUUAAGAAAUGGGUCCCCAAAGGCAUGUCUGGCUUAAAAGUGGGUCUGAAAUGUUUGACGAUACCUGAUCUAACCUCUCCGAAAACAGACCAGAAAGAUUGCUCAAUAAACAGCCAACAUUGUCUGACCUCCCUGCAAACUUUGUGCAAACCCAUCAGGAUGAACGCCGACAGCCAGGUCAUCUGAAAGCCACCCCCAGUUAUCUCCUGCUGUCAUAUCUAUGCUGGUCCACAGUUUACGAAUGCUGUAUUCCUUUCCUGUCCUCAGAUAUCCUGACGGAAGAUGACAUUUACUGCUGCUCCCUUUCCAAGACACUGUGCCACACCUCCACGCCUGUCACAGUGGGCUUCUACUCCCCCUGUGGAAACCGCCUGCAUUCGCUGCUUGAUCAUAUUGGAAGUAAGUCCCGGGCAAAAAAGAAAAAAAGCAUCAACUGGGUGGAAGGGGUGGGGGAGGAAUCCAAGUUUUUCUUGGGUAUUCAGUAAUAAUAGGGAGGAAAGCCCUGCCCCUGUGCCUCCUAACAUGGAUUUUUGCCAUAAACAGGCCUUUUUCUCUAGCCUGUCCAUUCAAUCAGGAUUUUGUUAUUUAAGAGACAAGCACAAAUGUACAGCGGUGCCUCGGGUUACAUACGCUUCAGGUUACAGUGGUGCCCCGCAAGACGAAUGCCUCGCAAGACGAAAAACUCGCUAGACGAAAGGGUUUUGCGUUUUUUGAGUCGUUCCGCAAGACGAAUUUCCCUAUGGGCUUGCUUUGCAAGACGAAACGUCUUGCGAGUUCUUGCGAGUUUGUUUCCUUUUCUUAAAGCCGCUAAGCCGUUAAUAGCCGCUAAGCCGCUAAGCCACUAAGCCGUUAAUAGCCGCUAAGCCGCUAAUAGCCGCUAAGCCGCUAAUAGCCGUGCUUUGCAAGACAAAAAAACCGCAAGACGAAGAGGACUCGCGGAACGGAUUAAUUUCGUCUUGCGAGGCACCACUGUACAUACGCUUCAGGUCACAGACUCUGCAAACCCAGAAAUAAUGCCUCGGGUUAAGAACUUUGCUUCAGGAUGAGAACAGAAAUUGUGCUCCGGCAGCGCGGCGGCAGCCGGAGGCCCCAUUAGCUAAAGUUGUGCUUCAGGUUAAGAACAUUUUCAGGUUAAGAACGGACCUCCAGAACAAAUUAAGUACUUAACCCGAGGUACCACUGUAUUGCUCAUUUGCCAAUCAGGCUGUCCCACAUGCACGGACAAUAAAAGUAAAAUACGUACGUGCAUAAUGCAUCAAGCCACACUAAAAUAUGGAUUUAAAAUUAUACAAUUACAACUGGCUUACGUGUAUUAACAUAAUAUUAACAUCUAAAGUGGCAUGUAAGUGUUUUCCACUUCCCUCAAGCCAAUUUUACAAAUUGCACACUCCUAAGUGCUGUGUAGUGAUCUGCUUCAGCCAACUCAAAGAGAACUUUUGCUUGACGGGGGAAGUUAAGCAGAUUCUUCCUGCAGUGCUCUCCCCGGCAAUAAGGGGCUCAAUUUAACAGCUUCUCGGAUCUAAAUACAAGGGGCAUUCUGAUAAAAAAGGCUACCAGGUUCUCUACCUUCAGGCGUGUACAAAAGAGUGAUGAUGAGUGAAGGUGUAGAGUCAUAAAAUUGUAGAGUUGGGAGCCUGAGAAUCAUCUAGUCCCACUCCCUGAAACGCAAGAAUCACAGGUAAAGAAUCCCUGAAAAAUGGCCAUCCAACCCGUUAAAAAACCUUCAGUGGAGUCCUCCACCUUCCAAGGGAGUCCGUUCCACUGUUGAGCAGCUCUCACAGCCAGAAAGUCGGAAUCUCCUUUCUACGUUGAAGGGAGGAGGGAUAGUAGCUGGUCCCUACAUCUCAUCUCACUUUUGAAAGGCUAAUGGCUUUUUGUUCCACUUUGGCAGAAUGCAUGCACAAGGAAACCAUCCGGAGAGAAGAAAACGAGUACAGGAGGACACAUGAGAAGCCCCGGAUACCGGAAGGAUGGAACUACCUGACCCUCCUAUGGUACUUGGUGUUCUAUGAGCCAGUCAUCACAGAGGUUCAUCUCAGGAGGAAGAACAUUGACUUCAUGUUCAUAAGAUUCAGCGCCUGGGAAUACGCCGGCAGUGACAAGCUGUGGGCUGGGCUGGUCACCACCUUGUGCGACCGCAUCCGCCACCAAUUCGGGCCUCUGCCUCUGAGCUUCUACCACGUGGUGGGGAGCAAGCCCCACUUUGCCUCUGGGUUCAGCCAGCAGGAGUGGAGGCUCAAAAAGAAAGCCUCGUUUGCAGCCGGAGGGUUCCUGACCAUCUUGCUAGCUGGCAUUGGCCUGGCCACAACCGCGUACCUUGUGCCAGGGCUGAGGGAUGGCACUGUCUUGAAGAUCCUCGCCGCCUCCUUGGCCAGCGUUACCGGUUCAGGGGCGUUGGUGGCCAUUGCUCCGGUGAUUAAGCACCUGAUCAUCAGCCAGAAGAAGAAGAUCGAGAGCAUGACCAGCAAUGAGAAAUUCACUAGCCACCUGGGCUUCAUGAGCGCUGUGAAGAAAGAGAUUGCACUCCUCACCAACUUCGUGUAUUACAUGGAGAUCUUUGAGAGGCGGCGGCUGAGGAUUGUCUUUGAGAUUACCAACUUGGACAUGUGCUACCCAGAACGAGUCAUCGGGGUCCUGAACGCCAUCAACACCCUGCUUUCAGACACCAACGCCCCCUUCAUCUUCAUCCUGGUGGUGGACCCUUGCGUCAUCGUCUCUUGCCUGGAGGAAGCCAGCUGCAUGAAGGGCAUGGCCGACAACGGCUACCUCUACCUCAACCGCACGGUGACGCUGCCUUUCUCCAUCCCGGAAAUUGGCCAGAGGGCAAAGCUGCGGUUUCUGCAUGAGGCCUUCCAGAGCCGGGAGGACUUGAUGUACAACAUCAUCACCAGAAACGUGGAGCAGGGGAUCAAAAGAUCCAAAGGGAAGGACAGGGCCUUGGGAGACAUGGAAGCGUCGGCAGAGAUGGACCAGCAACAGAUUGAUGCUCAGGCCGUGCAGUACAUCCACGAGGCUUUCCACUGCUUGCACGACGAAUUCGAUUCCCUUUACAGGUACAUCCCAGACAGUAUUGUCCAGAUGAAGAGAAUCGUCAACACCAUCCCCAUCACUAUCCGGCUUAUGGCCCAGCAGCAUGUCUUGAGACAUGCCAUCUGCCCCCGGUCAGUGGCGGCCUGGGUCGUCAUGGCCAACCAAUGGCCUUGCCGCUUGAGCUGGAUACUGCAGUGCAUGGAGGACAGGCGGCAGUGCCACACAGUGGGCGAGGACGGCGAGGAAACCAUGUGGCACGUCUUCGCGGAGAACUGCAAGGAGCUCUUCUCCCAUCAUACGGUGCUUCACAACAUCAUGGCGUUGGACAAUGACCCCGAACUCUUUGAGAACUUCUUGUGGCACGAUUUCCCUUUCACCGUGAAGGAAGGGGAGAAGUACGUGAGGUACACCGUCAACUUGGACCACUCCAUAAGGUAUCGGAUGGGGCAGCUGCGGUCCCUGGCUUCCCUGGAAAAGGACUACCUCAAAGAAUUAGCUUCUCUGGAAAAGGACAAAGAUAAGGAGAAAGAAGCAGCUUCCUUGGAAAAGGAGGAGGGCAGAGAAGCAGCCAAUUCAGGCAGGAUGGUGUAAGGCGGAGGGUUUCCAGGGGUCUGUUGGAAGGUUAUCAAACGUUCUGUAAUAAGGUAUGACCAGUCAUGGUGGACAAGCUAUUUGAGAGACGAUUUUGCCUGCGUUGCCCAUUUAUCCCUUUGGUGUGGAUCAGCGAAUGAGUGUCGGCUGUGUUCCCAGGGUGGGGUUUUCCAAACUGUGAGCUUCACCCAGGUGGUUCCACGGUGUGUCAGUGGAUUUCUGGCACAGCCGUCACAUUUUCAACUGUACCUUUUAUUUAUUCUUUUGUGUUUUAUUGCACUGCAAUUUGAAUUCUGUGAAAUGCGGCUGUGACACAACAAAAUACAGUAUGUAAGAAAUUAAAGGAAGCAAUAAAAAUGCAAUUAGAAAAACAUACUGGACCACAGCUGCUGAAACGGCAGAAAAACCAGUCAGUGCCCCACCCCAGCAAUUCGCUGACUUCAAUGCAGGGUGAUGGGGGAGGCAUAAACAUCCCAGAAUCCUCUGGGAAAGGCACUGGGUAUUGUGGCAGACAAGUUUACGGUGGGAAGUGUUUCUUGAUGUCUGGGAAGUUUGAAAGCCAAUUUACCAUCAGCUGAGGAACGCACAGCAAUCUGCAGCGGGAGACGGGAUUAGGAGAGACUUCGGGCGUUCCCACACGUGAUGCUAAAUGGGCCACAUUUGAACUUCCUUCUGUUCUUUUUGCGAAACUUAAUGGAAGCUGUGAAUACAGGAACGAAUGUGAAGGGAAAUGAGUGCUGCUGUAGCCAAUGAAGGAUUUAGAUUUGUGCAACAAGCUGAUUGAAUUAUUUAAGGUGUUUAAAUAAGUUUUGUUUGUGGGGGGGGGAAUAUGGAUGCUGAGUGACAUCUACUGCAGGGCUGUGUGUAUCUCACAAAUGGAGAAACAGCAGCUCAGUCUGGCAAGGGCUCCAAUUCUCUCUCCCCCCCUCACCCCCUCAUUUUUGGGCUUUCUGCCUUCUGCCAUAUCAGUCCCUUUGGACACUGCUGGCAGGUAGGGAAGGAUCAAACCAGUCUAAUUUCUUGUCCAUGCCACUUUUGUACUGAUUCUGUGAUGACUCUGCAUUCAUCUUCUUUAAAUUAAAAAAAAAACCUGUGCAAGAAUUUGCAUUUAAAUAUGACGUUUUGAAUGUAUUUUCUCUCAAAGCACACAUUUCUACUGUUUUGAUGCUUCUUCUUUUUUGAGCUAACAAGUGCACCAGAACAUUCAGGAAGUUUAAAAAAAACUAGCGGAUAAUCCAGUUCAAACCUGCACAUUAGUCCAAGCAGUAAGAAUCAGGUCAAGUAAUCUGCAAAGACUGAAUUCCUUAAGCAGCAGCAGCAU